GUGCGUCGCCUCGCUCUUCUCUUCGCCACGCACCCACCCAGCCACCCACGAGGUUGACGCUCGCAGGGGUCCUCUCACGCACGCGAGCACACGGGGGCGGCGGACGGGGGGGGGGUCUUGUGUGUACGAGCGAGCGAGCGAGAGAACCCGCCUCGUCAACUCGGGAAGCAGAAGGCAUGCGAGGGAGCCGCCGCUCGGAGGGAAGCUGCCCCUUCCUCUGAGGAGUUAGGAGGAGGACGCCUCAUGUUCUCCACACAAGUCUGACUGGGGCUUCUUCCAACCGAGAUAUAAUAGAGCCUGUCUAUAACCCUCAACAGCCCCGGAGGGAAGCGUAGGGGCAGCACGGUGCCCACCUCCUGCUGCUCCUCAGCUUCGCCCUUCCCGGCCCGCGCGCCCGCGCCCACCCUCCGCCUCUCUCCUCGCGCACCCUGGUCCCCGUCUGCGAGCGCGGCGGGCUGUGGGAGAGCAGCGGCUGCCGGCGUCUUGGCGCGCUUUGUGCGCGAUGCUGCCUUUGCCUGCUAGGGAGAUGGGGCCGGGGCUUCCUGCUCUUGGGACACAGCCUAGUGGGAAGAGUCGGGUAAGUCGCCCCGGUGGCUGCUCGUGUGGAUGCAUGAUGAUGCUGGCAUUGCGGGGUGGGGGUCGGGGGGGGGGGUUGUCCAGCGCGUCUGAUCCUGAAGUUAAUCGGGAAUGGAGUGGGGAGGAAAGGCAUGGGGCUCUGGGUGGAAGAUGCGUGUUUAUUAGACUUCCUGUUCGCACGUGCCUGGGAACAGCAGACCGCGCUGCACAAGACCGCCUCGUCGGGCAAAGCUUCGAGUUUUACGGACGGGCUGCAAGAAUUGUGAACUUAAAUACUUUCUGCGCACGUGUGCCUUUUCCUUAAUUCACCUGUGAAUAAGAGACUUGCUUCCAAUGGUGCACGCUUAAGAUCACAGCCUUCCUUUUUAUUUUCAUGUUUUUGGAUCAUCAGGCUGGGUGUGGUUUUGGUAUUUGGUUUUUAAACAUUUUAAACAUUUCCCCCAAAAAACACAACACCCUCCCCCCAGUAUGUCUUCGCGUAAAAUCAGCACUAAACCUGUCCAGGGUUAUGGAAGUGCCUCUUUCCUUCCCUCAUCUUUGUCUUUCCUGAUUUUUUGGUUUCUAAGGAACCUCUCUCCAACCUGAGUGAAGGUGUGUUUGUGUAACCAGACACUGAGACUUGCUGUCUGAUAGAGAAUUAACUCAGACCCCACCAAAGCUUACUUUGAAUUCAAUAGAGGUGUUUGUUUUUCAGGUUUAAAGCUCCAGACCGAAGGGGGGAGGCGUCCAAAGAAUUCACCUGAAGAAGAAACUACCGGGAAGAUCUUUAAUUCCUUUCUUGAAAUCCUACUGCAUUUUAGAGCAGGUGGGAUGUUUUCUACUGGAGGUGGGGAGCAGAGAAGGAUUCUUUUUGUUAAAAAGAAAAAGAAAGAUUGAUUCAAAUGUAUUUCACAUAUCAGAUCUGUUAGUUUAGGGCAGUCAAUCUCUCUAGGAUUAACGUGUGAUUUUUGAGGAACCGCUGUUGCUCCACCCGUAAAUAAAAGUGGAGAUGGUGACACUUUCGUCUGGCUUCUGGUAAAAAGAGAACAAAAACAUUUAAUUCCUUCAGGGCACCAUCCAUUCGUGCAGGAGGGUGGAGCAUGUGGGAGAGACAAGGAGUUUAACUAUUAACCUUUAUUGGGAAUUUAUAAAUGAAUUUGAGACUUCUCUGGCUUUUCCCAUUUUUGUUUGCUCUCCUUGCAAGAUUAUGGCAGAUAAAAUUAGUGGCCGUGCUAUUUAGGAAAUGGAAGACUUUACUGUUGACCAGUAGAAAUAAUAUGUCAACAGGAAACAUCCUGUUUGUAUUGUUCAAACAGUAGGGAAUUAACUGGUUUGAAAUGUGAAGUGGGGGCAGGGGGGGACGGACUGCAAAAGAAAAGUGGCUGAGUGAAAAUUAUAUUCUGUUCUAUUAGGAUUCUGUUUGCUUUUCCCCUUAGAUCAUUUGCUUGAAAGCACUAAAAAGAAGAUUUGGAAAAGGUAAGACAUGUUUUAACCAAAGAUUUAAAAUCAAGGCCAUGUCAUGUGGCUACUUACUAUCACUGUUAACUUUCUCUGUUUGUUUAGCUGAUCUCCUGAACAAGAAGAUGCAUUUCAUAAGAACAAAUUAGCUACAAUGUAUUUAGCAAAGAUGUCGUUUCCUUUAUUUAUAUACAUUUUAACACAGUCUAUGAGUGCUACCCUUUUCCUUUUUUUUAAGGAGGUCAUAAUUGACAAAUGGAAUGAAAAGGAACACAUAUUGAUUAUUGGUAUCUUAAUUAAAGUGUCCAUCUUGACACCUAGGAGUUGAAGUGAAAUAAACUUUUCGUUGAGGUGGAAACUUACAUGCUCACUGUCUUCAGUAUCAGAACUACUGAAAGCUCUAGAGCUGUUCAUCAGGGACCAAUAAAUCAUACUUAAAAUAUUUUAAUACGAGAGUACUUAACAUAGUUGUUUCUAAUGGAUUAUUCAAUGGCUGCAGGCUUCUGCGUAGUUAAGCUGCUAUUGUCUGUCAGUGCAUAGGACUGGAGCCAAAAAUAAAGUGUCUAGAAAGGUUCUUUAGUAGCUCCUUUGUGUCCUAGUGUGGCAAAUCAUAACAAAUUACAUUGUUUAUUCUCAGUAUAUACUGUAAAGAUUAUCUGUUACAUUUUGUUCAGCUGCAGUUAAGUUUCAUUCAUUUAAUUUUGCCUUCACGUGGCUAGGGCUGCCAACAGCAAGUGGACUCAUUUACUGAGCUGAAUCACAUGGAUGAUAAUAUUAUCUAUCAAGUCUUUAUCAUACAGUAGUUGACUAUAAUAAGCUGAGGCUGCAGUCCUGCCACACUUCCUUGAAAGUUAGUUCCAUUUAACAUAGUGGGACAUCCUUUUGAAUAUAUAUGUGCAAGACUGGGCUGUAUGUGACCUACAAUCCUAUGUGUGCUUACUCAUAAGUAAGUCUUAAGAGUUCAAUGGGGAUUACCGAUUUAUGAGUUGGCUGCAAUCCUAUGUACAAUUGAGACAUUAGCUCAGUUCUAAACUGCCUGCUCAAGGGAAUUCAGCUGUAGGUGAGGAAAAAAAUAAAUUUAGUCUUGAUGCUGUAGCAGAAGAUUGCAAAAUUAUUUGACAAAUAUGAUCUACAUGUGAUAGUCGAAAAGUAAUUUAUACUGGGGUCGAUUUGAUUCAUUAUAUUUCUAUGCCAAUUUUCAUUAAAAUAAAUACCAUUUUCAACACUUUUUCAUAUUUUUAAAAUUAUUGUUCGUACCUUUAGACAUAUUUGCUUUUGGAAACAUUUCCCUCCCUUAAAACACUAUCCUUAGUAGACUAAUAUAGGGCAAACAAUUGAAUAUUUAUUAAUUUGACAACUUAGUGAAUGGUGCAGAAUAUAUAAUAGUAUAAAUCUUAUUUAACUGGAAUGAAUAGCAAAAUUCCACUGUUUCAGGAUUUCAGAAAUUAAGCGUUAUUUAGGAAGAAGUAUCGGCUGUGUUAAUACAGUAAUGCAUGCUACAGAAAUGUUAUCUAAUAGAUUAUAUAACAGUUUCUAAGUCACACUUUGACUGAAAAAAAUGUAAUGAAUUACCUGCUGUUUCAUUGAAUACAUAGCUCAGUUCCCUGCAAGAAGAACAUUAAAAAGGUUGUUUUUUUCUAAAUUCAUCUGAGUAAACACAAUCAAUUUUAAUAGUUGUAAAUCUUUCAGUAUUGCUCUAGAGAUUGCAUUACGUGUGCGAAUGUGCAUUAACUUGAAUAGAUUACUAGCAAGUUGCAAUGAGCCAAUACUGGGCUAAAUGUCCCAUUAUUAAUCUUUGAUGUGACUAGGAAGUAAUUUUAUUACCACCCAGCUCAAUAUGAUGUGGUCAGUCAAACGUAACAAUAUUUAGUCUAACACGCAAGAGUGAUAAUUUAUCAAAGAUCUGCUUGUAAUAGAGUACAAAUAAUUGAAGAUGCAUAGCUGCUUAACAGGUUUACAGUAGAUUUUUACAGUAGGCCUGGGAGUAAAAAUGUUUUUGUUUUUGUUUUUUUUAACAAACUCAUAUACAGUGUCUGAUGUAAUUGGCACUGAAAUGCAACCAUGUAAUUACCAAGGCAAACAACAGCAAAAAUCCAUACAGGGAAAUGUAAUUGGUAUCGUAUAGCAGAAGUAUUAAUUUCAGUCCCUGGUGCUACAGAUUAAGAGGUGCAAUCCAUCUAAUUUGGACAAGGCUCCAGCAUAAGCCCCUUUGAAAUGAACGGAGUUUGUGGUCGGUAGACUGCUCUCUAAGUGAUUCCAUCUGAUAUGAAUAUAAAUAUCUGAUAACUGUGAGUGUAAGCAUUGUAAAUCAACAUAAUUUAUUUUCUUGGCACUGGAAGGUUUAAAUAGCAUGUCGAUUAUUUUCUAUCGUUUUUGCUACUUAAAAAAAAAUGAAAAGCAACCUGUGGUAAAUCGCUGUCACUGAGUAUUGGUUUUACAAGUUGAGCAGUGCUUACUGCUCUGUAUCUCUUUUUCCCCACAGCCUGCCCACCCACCUUCUUUCCUUUUUCUGCUAGUAAUCAUCUCAGUUUCUUUAAAAUUGGUGCCUUUUCCUUCUUGGUUUGAAUGCUAAACAAAUGUUUGCUUCUCCAAUUAUUCUGUGUUUGGGUUGUCUUUUCAGUCCACAAGACAUGUGCCUAAGCAUGAAACAAGAUAGGUACUGCAGUAGUACUGAUCCUUUGCCACAAACCCUAAUAAUAUUUAAACAGAAGUACAAUAUACUUCCAGAUGAGCAUGUUAAUGGUCUCUGCCAUAACAACUUAUUAGAUUAGCAUUGCUCUUAGGAAAUCAUUCCUAUAAAAGAAUUUAAAUUAUGCUACACUUGAUUUUUCAGUUGCAGUCUAGAGAUUACACAUUACAGUACAUAGCAGACUUUUUGGGUCUCAUCACAAACUGCUUUUGAUGCUCCCUUUUGAAUUUCAAAAGCAAGUUGGUACCAAACAAAACGAAAAUGCCCCGUGGAGCACACAGGGCUGACUUUUACAAGACAUGGGAAAUGCAGAGGUAAAAUCCAUAAGUGUACAUGAUUCCAUGUUCUUAAUUGUGGUGCUAGCCCAUUGGUUCCCAAACAGUUUAUCCCAUUAUCACUUGAAAAUUGCUGAGACUCUUGGCAGACCACGUAAUGAUUUUUCUGCCUGUUGCAGCAAUUGUAAUGUGCUGUGCAAAAUGCUGUAUGGUUUUUAAUAGUAUUAUUAUUGCUUUUCAUUCCUGAUAUUGAAUUCAAAUAGCAACACAAUAAAAUACCAUCUAAGAAGCAAAAGAAGUAAUACAAUUUAAAAUCAAUAGGAAUAUUUAAUGCCAACAUGUGCCACAUUCCACCUGAAAGCAUCUCAUAAACCACAGCUUGGGAACUCCCAUUCUAGCCUCCUUGCAUGGUGCGUUCUGCUGCUAGCCAUCCCUGGAGGGAAGCCUGGCUGAUGCUUAGCCACUGCAUGCCAAGCAACCUUCAAAACCUGUUUUGAAUGGUGGUCCUAUGUCCAUAGUGUGCAUCUUCUCCUUUGGGUUAUAGCUUGGUUAUAAUUAGUAAGAAUCACAAUUUAGCAACUGAUAGCAAAUUUUUCAAUAAUCGUCUACUAUGGAAAGUUGGAAAGGAUUACAUACUAUGAAAAUGAAAAGCAUACUUGGUAGCUAGUGUUUACUUGAUGGGACAAGAACUGCUGGGAUAAUAUUUACAUUAACCGCAGUAGAAAUUUCGAUUCAUAAGUGAAUUGUUUUUUCGAUUGGCAAGGCGCAUUGUAGAAAUCUUGCACUUAAUCCUUGGUUAGUAUCAAUUUUCCUAGUUUCAUUGGAAGCGAUGUAUGUAGAGAGAGACUAAUAUCAGAGUAGGUUAGCCUUGUAUCUGUUCUAGGAUUAAACUGUUUUCCUUUAAUGUAUUUGCCAAUACAUUAAAGUUUUGCUAUGAUCUUUCAAUCUGCAUUCCAGAAGCAUACAAGCAUAAAAGGAGGAUUUCCAUCUCCCCUCCUCAUUCACCUUACCUAUGCAGUCGUUGGUUGACUUUUGUUUUAGGCUAAGGCAUAUGUUGCAUUAAUCAUAUCUUCUAUAAUCCCCCUAAAAGCCGUUCAAAGUUUGUGCCCUCCUUAAAGUCAGACAUUUUUAAUCACACCUGAAUAGUAGCUUCUAUAUAUUUAGAAGCGCUCCAGCCCUGUCUAGUUUACCAGAUGUAGGUGUGUUAUAAGUGGCUUCCUGAUAAUACUGUGUUUGUGAUUAAAGGUUCCUAAACACUCAUGUUGGCAACCCUCUUAUUAUCAGCUUGUUUGAUGUAAUGGAGUUUAGGGACUGCCCAGUACAUAAGCCUGUCUCUGCAAAAAUUUGUCUGUAUUAGUUCAGGAAAACAUCCUUUUUGAAUUGUCACAACCACUAUGGGUUAAAAUAAAUCAAGACUCCCAAUUUGUAAACCUUCUGUACUAAGAAAUGUAUAGGUCAACAGGGAACAAAUGGAGGUAUUAUUUAUUUCUGUUAGGUUUUGAGCACUUGUGAAAAGAAUUGUGAAAACCAGUCUUAGCAGUUUAGGAAUAUCUUGUGUUAUCUAAUUAAUGUGUACUUUUACCAAUUUAUUUGAACAAUGUUAAUUAGGGGGAAAUACAAAAGAGAAAGGGUUUUGAAGGGUAAGUGUCUUGUGAGAAGGAUAUUUUAUAUAUAUACUUAUAAUCUGAAAGCAGGUAUCACUAUCAACCUUCCUUUUUUCUAUUUAUCUGCUUUCCUAAUAGUAAGUUUUCAGUAAAACUGUAAAAAGGGAAAAAUACAGUGUAUAAUAUUACUGCUAUUGCAGUACCUGUAUCUGAAAAAUACCAAGUGGGCAAUUUCAUGCAUUCUUUAAAUAAAUUAUCCGUUUUUGCUCUUCUCAUGAUGAUCAUUUUGUUCUCUUACCUCUUUUAUAGCUACACCAAAUACUGCCUGCAGUCUUAUAUAUUAUUAAAACAAUCUUCCAUUAAGUUUAACAUUUUGAAAUUUUGGAAAAUAUGUGCAAGAGGAUUUCCCCAUAUUUGUGGAGUUGCUCUGUUUAUAGGGGGGGGGGAGAAGAAACCCCCAACAACUUCUUGCUGCCACUGAUUUUUCAACAAACAAUUGAAUUUCUCCUAGCCAAAAACAAUAGAUUUAUAACUAUGUCCCAUUGCAAUGAAUGAUACAUGGCAAGAGUCUUUUUUUUUUUUUUUGAUGUGGUAGAUUGUUUUAAUGAUAAAUAAUAUAGACUCUGAGAUUAAUUUUGGCUAUUAUCAGUCUGUGGUCCAAAAAUAUUCUAUUUCAGGAUAGCCUACCUGUGUGUUCCUUGUCUUGAAAUAAUAAAUUUUAAUAGUACUAACUCAGACUUCAAAGUCUAGUCCAAUGGAAUAAUUAGAUAUUUCAUAUCAGAUUGGUGUUGUGCUGCUUGUUUGCUUGUAUAUUCCUUGCAUUCCUUUAUUGCUUCUUGAUGUAUGUACAUGAAAACAGAAUAUAACUUUUCUGUGCAAAUAAAUAUUUGCUUAUUUCAUACAUGUUGACACUGAUGAUGUUUCAAAAAGAUACUACACUGGAUGGAAUCCACUUUCUGCCCUUUCAUUCAGUGAAGGUCUUUCAAUGCAACGAAGUGUCUUCUAGUAGAAUAGGACGGGGGUGAUUUUUCCCUCCUCCUUCCCAGCCUCCCCCAAAAUCAGCUUGAGAGAAUUGUUGGGGAGCUUUCAGGACAGGAUGGAAGGUAGCAUGAAGGAAUGCCUAGGGAAGAGGGAAUUGGCAGUCAGUUGCUUCCCCUCCUCUGCUGGAUUAAAAGUGCACUCAUGACUCCAAGGGCAUAAACUGGAAUCCACCCAUUUUAAGCAUAGUGACUGUCAGAAGGCCUGGAUCUCACAGAAACAAAAUAAUGCAAAAAGGAUAAAAGCUUAACAGAUUUCCCUUAACCGUAUGAUUUAAUAUCCUCACAACGGGAGUUCAGAUUUCUGGAUCCGGUUAUAUUAUAAGGUGUUUGAAAACAUUGUUUAGUUUCACUUGCUACCUGCCUAGUUGUGGCUGGUGAAGGUGGAGAGAUAAAGCCCAGGAGCGCAGAACUAGCUUCCCAAAACUCAGCAUUGUGUGACCAUUUCCUAAAUAUUAUGUUCACUUCAUAAAUCCAUGAUCUUUUAAAAAAAACUGAACCAUACUCAUCUUGAAUUUUUAUUUAGCAAACUGCAGUAAUGUUCUGGUAAAGUAAUGAAUGAGUACUGUAGUUUCACAACUUUGUUGCAUUUCUAAAAACCUAUUCAGUGUUCAAUAUCUCUUUCUCUCUCUUUUUAAACAUCUCUGACUAAACAAGACCAUAUGAGUUUAAGAUAAGUGGCAUGGAUUUAUAUGUUUUACCUAUCAAUAUGCCUUUUUGACAAAAACGUACAGAACAUGUAAACUAAAUUUGACAGAUAAUAUAAACCAUUUGCAAUGCUGCUUGCUUUGAUAAAGCAAAAGUCUUGAGCUGUGUCCACACAUCGUGUUAUAUCACUUUAGGAUGUUUCAUGGGAAGUGAUUCUUAAAUAAAUAAAUAAAUAAAUGUUAAACAAUAGUCAAACAUAGAUGCACAACCUGUACACUGCUCAUUCACACUAAACCAUAGUUAAAUGUGACCUGUGAACUAGGCCUCCUAACUAAUACAGUACGGUAAUUAAAAAGUCUGUUUUUAUUCAUAAAGAUUUAUAAAUGGUUUACUUUUAAUAAAAUGUCCCUAUAUAAAAAGGUGUCAGUGUAGUUUACUGAUUGUUUUGCUCCUACAAGCAAACAAGAUACAUUUAAAGGAAAUAAAAUUUCUAUAAAACAGUUUCAUAACUGUGCAUUUAUAAAAAUGGUAAGGUAUCACACAUUUAUAUUGUUUAUAGAAAUGAAAAUAUUAAAAGGUCUAAAAAUCAUAAUUAAGACAAACACAAAAUACAAUAACAAUAUACCACUGCCUGAAGGAAUCUCUGAAUAAGGAAUAUGGACCUAAUUUUUUUUUUUUUUUAAGGUGCAAACAACAGCAAUGUUGCGUAAGUGUUGCAAAAAGCUACACCAGAACUUUUCCAUUUUCCACUCAACCAGUCCCAUAGGAAGUUGGAUAGAGGACUGGUUAAGAAAGGGAUGCAUGUUGUUGUUAAUUUUAAUUUACAGAAAGAAACACCACAGUGUUUCACACAAUAACAAAAUGGAACAAAUUAAAUAUUUAUUUUCAUGUAGUAUGUGCUUUUCAUUUUAAAAUAUAGAUAACGCCUUAGAUGUGCUUAUUAAAGUGGUUAGUGCAACAAAUAGCUUAUUUGUCAGACUGAGCUGCAUCGCUUUAAUUUUGGUCAGCCUUCUGCAAUGAAAUCCAGCUUAAAAGUGACAAUGUGCACAAGAUGUUCUUAAGUUGGCCAGGAUCCAAAGAACCAACAACUUUUGCAUGCUCACACAUGGUUUCAGCUGGUGUUUUCUGAGCAGCACAACUUGCCCUGCCCGCCCCACAAUUCCCACAUACACAGCGCAAAACACUUUUGGAACUGAGGGGAUUUUCAAAAACAGUUGGUGAUAUAGGUGUAUGGAUAGCUUAUUUUGUGCCAGCCUGGAGCCAAAGAAAAAAUCCAUAAUAAUAUGUGUUGUCUUUAAGGUGCCACAACUCUCUUGGUUGUCUUUGCUUUUCCCAGGGGAGGGGUGGAAGACAGUAAUACAACAGGACAUGCUCAAGUGCUUGAGUGUGCCUAAAGUAUCUUUCUGGAUUCCAGCCAAUUCCCCCACCCCCUUGACAGCAGUGAGAAACUGAUUUGGGAACUUGCAAUGAAUCUCAAUCUGUUUUUCCUAGAGAAAACGUGUUAUCUAAAGUCUGUCUUAACUAAAAUAUGACGACAGCUCCCUGUGUGUCUCCUGGCCUGCCUGUAAAAAUUAGCUUUAUAAAUCAUCUUUUUAUAUAGGCUGUGUUUUAUAAAAUGACUUAAAGUUGGUGGAUAGGAUUUCCCAAUGAUUAUCCGAUGUUAAAUCCAGGUACUAGCUUUCUGUCCCCUUUUUGUCAUUCAAAGCUGAAGGAGACAAUAGGUGCUGUUUGGAAUUAGAAGCUGCCGGUCUAACCUAAGUGUUUCUUCAAACGCCUUAAGGCAUUGUGGAUUUAUGCAGAUUCCUUUUUUUAUAUAAAAAACAUGAAAUCACAAAAAAUAGUAGGAGGCUGCUGUUUGAUUAAAAAAAAUUAAAUUACCAAAAAAAAAGUACAUCUCACCUAAGAUAGUAAGAAAUGGGGAUGACUGUUUCUCCACUGAUAUUUCUACUUUUUAAUUUUCUGUUUAGGCCAUUUAUCUCUAUUGUAUUUAUAAUAAGAGUAUAAAGUACUAUCCUAUUCGUAAGCCUUCAAAAGAAAAAGGGGAAAAACCCUGGCCUUUGUGAUAGGGAAAAGUCAUAUAUUAUUUUCUUUCCAUGUUUUUAUUUAAAAUAUCCAUUGCCUAAAACAGAAGACUUAUUGCAUGAGUCUUGGAAAAUAUGCUGUGUGCUUCUUCUUUUUUAACAGUUUGCUUUUUAUGGUGGUCCAAGGAAAUGGAAAUUUACUGAACAAUUUUUUUCCACGGGAGGUAGUUUCCAAAAAUAUUUUCAGUUAAAGGAAAGGGAGAUCCUAGUUAUAUAACUAUUUUUGGUAGUUUGCAUAUAUUGUACAACAUCCUACACCGAAAGAAAUGUUGAAUCAGAUUACUGCACAUUCAAAGUAAGAAGCGUAUGUAUUAUUUGUGGGGAGCCUGUGGUGCUCCAGAUGUUCCUAGGACUGUCACCACCUCUGACUGAUUGCCGUGCUGACUGGGUCGGAUAGGAAGUUCAACAACUUCUUGAGGGCGACAGGGUAUCUUAAGGCAGAUAUGGGAUUAUAGAACCCUGCUCCCCAUCCCUUCCUGUAAUGGGUUUUGAACAGGCAUGCAUGCAAAUUUUGCACCAGGGCAUUACAAGAAAAUAUCUUCCUCCAGUCUACCCUUUCUCCUUGGUCAACAAACAAGUAUAUUGUAGGUAGAGGAAUGGAUGCAGAAAGUGGACUCCCAGUCCCACUAACCUCCCUUCUGUAUGCUGUGGUGCUCACUCACAUGAACAUAUUGAAGCAAGCGGAAGGAGCAGGCGGAAAUAAUUUGUGUUAUGUAUGAGAAUCUUUCUGUUUAUCAGCACUGUCCUAGCACUGAUAAUAUAUGUGUUGCAGUAAAAAGGUGAAAGGUAAAGGAUGCCUGGAUGGCUAGGUUCAGUCCAAGGUAAUUAUGGGGUGCAGCACUCAUCUCACUUCAGGCUGAGAGAGCCGGGAUUUGUCCACAGACAGCUUUCUGGGUCAUGUGGCCUGCAUGACUAAACCGCUUCUGGUGCAACAGAGCACCGUGACAGAAGCUGGAGGAAGACUGGAGGAAGAUAUGGGAGGUGCAUGGAAAGCCCUUUACCUUCCCACCGCAGCAGUACCUAUUUAUCUACUUGCAGCGGCUGCUUUUGAACUGCUAGGUUGGCAGAAGCUGGAAUAGAGCAACAGGAGCUCACCCCAUCACAUGGAUUCGAACCGCCAAACUUCUGAUCGACAAACCCAAGAGGCUCAGUGGUUUUGACCACAGUGCCACCCGUGUCCCGGUAUACUGUACCGUGUAGAAGUACCAGUGGGACCUGCUACAAAAUGUUUUGAAAUUAGUCCACACUUGGCUAUGCACUUUGUCUAUGCAUUUCACAUGUGAAUAUUGAGUUUGCUGUUAAAUUUAUAAGACAUCAGGCUACGUACAGCUUUUCUAUGAAUUUGAGGUAGUAAUGUAGAGCAUCCUUCUCCCUUUUUCUUUUUUUGGUCCUGCCACAGAGUCUAGUCAUACAAGUUUUGGUACAUUUUUAUAUUGCUUCAAGUGAACACCAGAAAAAUCAAAACAAGGCCUGGGAAUUGGGACUAGCAUUGCUGCACUAAGGUGUGAGGACAUUUUUGGUAUAGAAUCAUAGAAUUGUAGAGUUGUUCUAAAAUAAUGUGUGUUCAGGUAGACCUUUUAAAAGAAAACCUGUAUGAAGUGAAACAUGUUACAGUACGCUGUUUGAAUUCCAUGGGACUGAGAGGAGAGGAGUUCCAGUUAAGAUGCAUGGAAGAAUCUUCCCCCACUGCAGAAAGCGUCUGCAUGUGUCACACAAGUUUCAAUAUGUUUGCAUAGUUACCAAGCUACUCAUUGUUCAUUUGUAGUUCAUUGGUCCACUGGUAGCAAUAAAACAGAAAUGAGUUCACGUAAUUCUUGCAACAAUGCUGUAAGUCAGUAUUGUUACUGAGGCUGAGAGAUAGUGCCUUUCCUUUGAUUGGAACUAGGAUUUUCCUGAUUGAUAGCUCAAUUGCUGAAAUGAUACUCUACACUCUGUAUUAUUAGUCAGGCAGUAUGUUUUUAUAUAAUAAGGUAUACGUUGAGUUAAAUGCUACCAAGUCAUGCUAGCAAGUCUAUUGAUUUCGAUAGGUCUUUGUUUAUGGCUUUGCUGAAUUCAACCAUAUGAUUAUUUGCUGCCAUAGAAAGAGAGAAGGGAAUGUUUUUGCUGCAGUUAUAACUAUUUUAGGAAUGCACACCUGUGAAUCUAUAAUGCAGAAGUAGUUUUUCGUGUAUUUUUAUUCUCAGUAAUUAUAGUCAAAGCCUGGAAAGUGUUGCUGAUGUGGAGGGGGUGGAGAAGGAGAAUGGGGCUACGUAGCCCUGACCUUUCAACUUUUCUCAUUGUUAGCAAGCUUUCACUAAAAGAUGGUCAUAACCAGAAACCAGUUGUGCAAGGAUUUCCACCCCCUCCUCUUCAAAGUUCUAUUAUCUAGCGUGGGUUUAAUCAAUUCAGGAUGGAGUAGACUGACACACGAUAAGAAAAAAAGAAAGGAGAAACUGGAAAUGAGUAUUUCAUAAUCAAAUUCUUUAACUGGCUAAUCUUUCAAUCAAAACUAAUGACAUUGAAAAGGUUGAUGAGUUUAACUAACUUAUAUUGUUAAGAGAAUUUUUUUUUUUUAUAAAAGUAGACCUAAAACAAAACCACCAGCAAGACCACCCCGCAAAAAUCCAAACAGAAACAGAUGAUUGCUUUCCAGUUUUCUUACAGCUUGCAAUAAAGCAUAUUGUGAAUCAGUAAGGCUUUUAGCACUCCAUGCAAAGCCUUAAUUAAUCACAAUGCUCAGCUUAUGUAUAUGGCUAUGUUUAAUAUGUGGGGUGGGGAGAGAGAAUGCAAUGGAACACAAGCAAAACUGAACUUGGAACUAUCAAAAACAUCAUUUAGUAUUUUUACAAAAUUAAUCAUAGAGGGUAUUUGUCCUUUUUAAACAGCGUCUACUUUUUCACAGCAAUAUAAGUUCACCCACCCACCCAACUCUCACACACAUUUUGCAAUGGCUUUAAGGACACUUUGAAUCAAGAUUUUUUUAUGGGAUGUAAAUGGGUGUGGCCCCACAGAAGUCACUGAGAGUGAAUUGUCCCCUGAUGUCAGCAAUAAUUUUGUCCUCAUUCAAAUGUUUUAUUUUUCAUAAAUAGACAUUGUACUUAGAUCAACACUGAAUGCAUGGGGCCACAUUAAGCACUUGUUUGCAUUUGCUUUUUUGGGUGGAGGGAUCAAUUCCAGUCCAGGCUGGGGAAAAUAAUUAUAAGACUAAGAGAAAAUUAUUCUCCAGUGACUCAAGGUAUCAACUAAUAGUUCUAAUUAGACAAUAUUUUGGAUAAUGACAAACUAUUUGCAGUAUUUGACUAUCAAUAAUCUCUUUCCUACUUGUCACGUACAAGAGAAUUCAGCAACCCUCUAAUAAUAAUAAUAGGACAUGGUCCUUUAGCAACUUUCUCUUUCCCCAUGGAUAGUUUACGUUGCAGACAGGAAAUAAAAAUUCUUGUUAGUGAGAAAAGGCAACUGUUGCUUUUCUUUUACUGAGAAAUUAUUCAGACUGACAGAAUCAAGAUUAGCAAUCUGGUCUCACUUUUGUUCACCUACUUUCCAUUGAGUGAUGUCUUGACUUUCUCUUGUCAUUACUUGUUUCAAUCAGGACCAGUCCUACCUUUAGGCACACUGAUACCUAAUGGUAGGAGGAACAGCACAAUGUUGGAGGACAGAACUGUGUGUGCCACAUGGCCUACCCUGUGUCUCCUGCACUAUUCUUCUUCCCACAAGUGUGGUAGAAUAUGCUGUCCUGUCAGCAGUAUUUUAUAAGAUAUUCAACUGCCAGCCUAGUCAACUUCUGCACAUGGAAUUGGAGAAGGCUGCCACCUUGUCUUUGACUUCAGGCAGCAGCAAAAUGUCUUCAGCUAGCUCUGGUCUCCAUUGGGUAAUUUUUCACACCUAGUAUGUACUACAAGUGUAGUUGGUGGCCAUGGGGCUCUUUUUUUUAGUAUGAACAUUUAGAAGCAGACAAUUAACUGCAAAAUUGUGUUUGAGACAUUAUUGAGCAUAGGUCAGUAGUCAACUGUGCUUUUAUGCUCUUUCAUUUGUUGUCUUUAAAGCUGGUUUUAUUUUAAACUGACAAGGUGACCUAGCCUGAUGACCUAGUGCUUACUAGAGUUGUUCAACCAACAACUCUAGUAAGUACUAGAUUCGCAACAAAUAAUAUUUGGGCAGAUCACCUUGCCUGUUUUCAUUUUUAUUGGAACUCUUUAUUCCACAAGGUCCAGGCAUCCUUUACUUUUACCUUUAUUGAGAAAAGCUUAAAAAAGCUUUGAGAGCUUCACCUGCAAGUCUCAAGAGGCCCUGAUGCUUGUCUUAUCUCCUUGUAUUUAUACUUCCAUUUCCCUGGUGCAUCACCUGUGCCUAAUUCUGUGCACUUUGCUCCCUGGAGAGUCAACAGUUUUGCAGCAUCAGACGCUACAGAACAUGGAGUGUCUCACUCUGAUUCCUCACACUUAUUAGUAUUGUCUGAAAAUGAGCUUUCCCAUUCACCACUAGACACGUGUACUUUGUUUUGUGGAGGAGGAAAUGCAAGAGUUUUAGGAAAGGAAGCACACUGGAUCAGGCCCACCUAAUCCAGCAUCCAUUUCUCAGAGGGACAAUCAGAUUCUGUGGGAAGCUCACAAGCAGGAGGAUAUUAAUGGAACAGUACUCUGCCCAACUUCAAUUUCCAGCAAAUGGCAUUCAGAACAUAAAGCAUCAUGACUAGUAGCCAUUGAUAGUCUUAUGCUCUGUGAAUUUUAAAGCUAUCCAAGUUGGUAGCCAUCACAUUCUCAUUAGGAAUGUAUUCCAUAAUUCAACUAUGCACUCAUAAAUGCAGGUUGACUGUAGGAAUUCGUUUUCAGUACUAGAGUUGAUCUGAGCUCGUAAUCUUUUCUCAUAGAAAUCCAAUCUGAGUUAGCCUACUUUAAAAUUUCAGCAGCCUGGUUUAGUUGGGAAAAGUCAUUUUGUUGGUGCUAUCAUUAAACAAAUAACCCAGAGACCAGUUGAUACAGACUUCUCUUCUCCCCAUCCCUGGUCUAGGUAGGAUAUGUUGAGGUAAAGCGUGUGGAAUUCUCUCCUCCAUAUUGUCUACCACCUACAUUCAAUCAUUCUUUAGUAUAUUGUUCGCACAAAGCUGAAGUCUGUCAGCUUUUCCUCAGCCCUCUACUGGUAAAUUUCCUCUCCCCCACACUUUAAAUACUUAUGUGUGAUUUUUCUCCCACAAUGUAAAUGCAGUAAUCUUUUGGGAAAGUAAGAAACAGUCUGUAAUUUGCUAUGAGUCAGAAAGGCUCUUUAACAAUGAGUUAUUAAAGACUGAGUGCUAUCGUCUCUUUUUAUCUUUGCAAAUGAGAUUAUAUAUUUGAUUGGAACAACUGGUCUUUAAAGUACUGGCUAACUGUGUCUACUCAUCAAAGCCUCUUUUGGUACAAAAAAAUACGUUGGUAUAAAUUCUAUUAAUUUACAGUGAUUCCCUCCAGUGGUUUUAAAGUCUAAGAAGCAUAGGUUUGUGUACUCUCUUGAUCUAGUGCAUGGAAAACAUCUGAAGGCCUGAACUGGGAAAAUGAGACUUUUUUACUUCCUGUCCAUGAGUAAGGGUAUGUCAGCCUUUGCCAACUGAUGCACUCCAGAUGUUUCAGACUACAACUCUCAUCAUCCUGACCACUAUGGAUGUCCUGGUUGGAGAUGAUGGGAGUUGUAGUCCAAAACAACUUGAGGGCACCAGGAUGAUGAAGGCUGGCGAAUGCGUUGUUUGGAAUGUCAAGUAACAUUACAGUUGAUAAUGUAAAAACCAAAACCAGAAUUUCUCAAGUUAAAUGGAUGGGAAAGCCCCAAAAGGAAAAUGAAUAUCUAGUAUUAGAAACAAUUUAAUUAAAAUCUUUCCAUUUAAUCUUUCCAUUUAAUCCUUUUUCUGAAAUGUUUAUUGUUUCCAAAGAAGUCAUUCAUAAUAAGUUUAAAGCUUCAUAGUGAGGGUGACAUUGUGUGCAGGAUAUUGACAUUCAUGUCUCUGUAUCUCUUGUUUAAAUAACUGAAGAAGACUUUUGGCCACUUUUCAGCACACUACCUUAUCAAAACUCCAUUUCCAUGAUUGAUGAAUCUCAACUCUUGUUGGGAGAAUGAAGUGUUCAAUUACCUUGUGUUCAUGUGUUAAUGAAGCAGAAAGUGGCUUAAGGGGGUUUCUUUUCACUACAGACGCCUGUUUGGUUAUGCACAUGCUGCUUUCUUAUUUUUUCUUCUAUGUCUCUGUCUACACUCAAGCGGAGCCCUUAAUGGGUAACAGUGGCAAAUCUGUCUGCUUGACAACAAGCCUAUCAGCCUUCUUCAGCUCAGCAGGAACAGCAGUGGCCUGUAAUUAGUGGAGCCAUCAAGCAAAGUGUUUGGUUUAAAGUGAUUUCUUUCUCUUUCUUUUUUUAGCAGCAACUUUAUAUAAGAAAACUAACUAUUGUUCUUUCUCAUUUCCAUGAAACUAUCAUCAGUGCCAAACCUUUUAAUAAACCAAAAUAAUACUGUAGUUAUGAAACUGAUAAUUCUAAGGCCUCACACAUAAUAAUACAAAUUACAAAGGCAUGAUAUUCUUAGCAUAUUUUGUUGCAGUUUAUGAAAAACUCACCUUAUCAGAUUAUCAAAUGCUCUUAUUGUCAGGAAAUAAUAGUGGCUCUGAAGAAUGGACAUCCUUCAAUAUGUGAUAAUGGCAUUUGUGAUGGCAUUUAUCUUCUGCUGAUAAAUGUUCAGAGUAUAUGCAAACACUUGGUAUCAUAUUUUUUUAUUUUUAAAUUAUUAUUACAUUUACACCCCACCUUUCCUCCAAGGAGCUCCUGGUGACAUACAUGGUUCUCCCCCACCCAAUUUUAUCUUCAACACAACCCUGAGAGAUAGGUUAUGCUGAGAGGCAGUAGCCGACCCAAGAUCACCCAGUGAGCUACAUGGCUCUCGGAUUUCAGCAUAUUUUCUAUACAUUACUGGGAUAUAAAAUAUGGAACACAGAAUAUAACAUAUUGGGUAUACUUGGGUAUACGAUUUAUUGGUAGACAUGUUGCUCUCAGUGGAAAAUAAAUUAGAUUCUUUUUCCUCAUACACAGAAAUUUAGAUCUGUAUGUUCCAACUGUUUGUUUGGUUGAUGUGUGCUACAGUUCUUAAAUAUACAUGCUAAAGAGUAAGUUUCAUUGAACACAACUGAGAGUUACUUCUCAGCAGAAGCAGCGCCUACCUAUCAGUCACCUGAUGUCAUAAUGACGUCUGGUGAGAUACCUGUCAGAGUUCAAAGCCUAUUGCUGUAACUGCCUGUCAGCUGAUGUAUGAUUACAGCAACCGCCUUUGAAGGUGAGCUUCCAGCAUCAAUCAGCUGAUUGGUUCAGAAACUUUAGCUGGUGCAGAAUUCAGUGGUCAGGUUGCUUACUAGGGCAAAAGGUUUGAGCAUGUAACAUCAAUCCUGGCCUGUCUGCACUGGCAGACAAUUAGUUUCUUGUCCCAAUUCAAAGUGCUAGUUUUGACCUAUAAAGGUUUAAAUGGCUCAGGACCACGACACCUCAAGGUCUGCCUCUCUACAUACGAAAUAACCCAGUGAUUAUAAUCUGAGGCCCGUCUUCAUGUGCUGGACAUAAGGUUCAGAGGAUGGCAGCACAAGAGCAGGCCUUUUCUGCAGUGCCUCCCUCUUUGUGGAAGGCUCUUCCCAGGGAGCCUCACCUGGCACCUUUGUUACAUAUAUUUAGGCACCAGGUGAAAACAUUCCUCUUCUCUCAGGCCUUUGGCUAAUUAAACAUCCUAUGGCCUUUUACACUUGGGGAGGAUAUUGUUUUUGGUUUGUUACUAUGGUAUGCAUUUCUGUGUUUUUAUAUUGUAAAUGACUCUGUGAUCCUCGGAUGAAGGGCAGUAUAGAAAUUUAAUAACAAGCCAGCAAACAAAUAAAUAUUUCAAUGGGGUUUGCCCCAUUAGCACAAAACAGUUCGCACUGAAGCACCUUGCUAAAAUGGUGGGGAGCUCUGCUUUAGCAAGUGUUUCAGUGCAAACUACUUUGCACAAAUGGAGCAAGCCCUGUGAAAGUGCAAUCUGCCAGUUGACAGAGGGCAUUUGUCUCGAAAGACGCAUGCUCUUAUUAGUCCAAAGCUGUUUGCAUUGAUAAUACUUGCUAAAAUGGAACUUUUUUUUAAUUUUCAGGGAAUAAAGCUCUGUUUCUGCAAGCAGUUUCAGACUGCUUCAAAACAGAAUUGGGGGGGCUCCCUAGUGCAGAUGACCCCCCUGUCAGCUGAUGGGAAUCUCCACUUGCAAAAGAACAGUGAGGAACUCAGUCUAAGCUCCUGAUUGUUCAGUUGAAGCUGUAUCCAUAUUUGCCCCACCCUGACAUCAGGUAUGAUGGCAGGUGUGUGGUAGUUGGGUGUGGUUUGGGGGAAAUGUCCUCAUGGGCUAAAUUAGGACAUCUGCCAGCCCUAAUUAGGACCACUGGCAGAAGGUUUCCCACCUUUGCUGUAGAGCAGGGUGUUAUUGGGUUGUUCAUAAGCCUUUUGUGCUGGUCUUACCUGGUAAACUGGUGAUUGCUGCCUUAUGGAAAGCAGUUCAGAUAUUCAGGAUGUUAGUGUAGCUGUAAGUAGAGAGUAUUGUGUCAACACAAAAAUCAAUAGUAUCAGCAAAUAUCACAGUCUUUUUAAACUCUGGCCUUGUUUAAUACAAAAAAGAUACACCCCCCCCAGCACUUCCCCAAGUUUAACAUUUUAAAAAUUACUCUGUCAAUGCUACUGCAGAUAAGGUUCAUUAUUAUUCUACACAUAUGACAAGGAGUGGGGCUGUGGCUGAGCCAAUGUGGGUUAUACAAGCCCUGCAAAGUAAACCUGUAUUGUUAUACAGUGGUACCUUGGGUUUACAUACGCUUCAGGUUACAGCCUCCACUAACCCAGAAAUAGUACCUACCUCAGGUUAAGAACUUUGCUUCAGGAUGAGAACAGAAAUCGCACAGCAGCACUGGGAGGCCCCAUUAGCUAAAGUGCUACCUCAGGUUAAGAACAGUUUCAACUUAAGAACGGACCUCCAGAACGAAUUAAGUUCUAAACUGGAGGUACCAUUGUACUCAUUUUGCUAGUGGUAGUUCGGAGUUGGUGUAGUUUAUGAUAACCUCUAAAUGAAGUCCUCUGUUGUUAGCCUAGUGUUUGUUUGUUUUAGGGUUUCAUUGAGAGUUUCAGUGGUGAGUAGAACAGCAUUGUCUGGAUGCCAGAUCUCCCCAUUGAGAAGCAACAGAGUGAUAGACUUAGAAUACAAGUUUUUUUAAGAGGCCAGGCCUUCCUGCCACUCAGUCACCAGAUCUAGCAACCAUCAGAACUGUUCUCUAAGCCCUACUUGCAAAGGAAAAACAGAGAGCUUACUCUAGUUAUGUUUGCUUAUUUAUUUACUUCCCACUCCCUAGAAAAAAUAUUGCAGACACCCAUGUUUACAGUGCCUGCUCAUUACUAAGUUCCAUUGAGUUCAAUACAAUUUACUGUCAAGUAAGGGUGUAUACUAUUCUAGCCUUAAUCAAUCUUCCUCCAUUCGUUUUAGCAGCAACUGUGGGGAAAGGCCAUGACUUCAUUUCUUUGAGAUUCAGGCAGCCGAUACACUUGUGAUUCUUUUGCUUUCUAUAGAAAAAGCAUAAACAAUAGCAAACAAAAUAAGAGUGAUUUCGAGAAUUGGCAAACACUGCAGACAGAAGUCUAGCAGGGUCUGUGGUGCUGCUGUUGUUUUUUUAAAAAUAUAUAUAUUAUUGCCUUGAGCGCCUAAGCAGUUGUUUUUCAAAAUGUUGAAGAGAGCCUAAGAUCAGAGCACUGUCUAACUUAUUCUCUUUUAUAAAGUAGUUAUCACUAGAUAUCUAUCUGAUUUGGAUAUAGUAUCUGAAAAUUGUGAACCAACUCCCAACAGUUUCUAAUAACUUUAUUUAGAGUGAGCCAUUAUUUAAACAUGUAAAAUAGUUUUCCACAUGGCAUAUAUACUUUACCCAGUAACAGCAAGUUGGUUGUUGUUACAUCCACAGUGUUAAAUUUCCCUUAAGAUUCAACCUGUUUCUUUCACUGCUCUCAGCUCCCUCAAUCAGAAUCGACAUGAAGACAAGCAGUGAUGGUUGGUACUGUGUUUUGUCUCUUAUCUCCUUUAAAGGACAUGUGAGAAGUACUUCAGCUCCCUCAGCUUUUGAAGCAGACCCAACCUUGUUUGUUUUCAAAUGAAGAGUUCAUUUUGCCUCUUUCUGCUUCUCUGCCCACCCCCCACUACUCGAUGAGUGGAAGAAGUGCUUGUUACUUAGCUACUUCCAAAGCAAAACAUUUGAAGUGAAAGAUAAGAUUUAUUGUAACCCAUGCUAAUAACAACCACGCAUGCCCUCAGUUUGUGUGUGUUUGUGUGCGUGUGUUCAUGAGUUCAUUCUGGAAUUGACUGUAACUACUGUGACUUCAGUGACCUCGCCUUCUGCCAUCCCCCUUCCCCCUCCUCCCAGCAAAAUGAAUCAUUUUAAGAAGCAGCCUAUAUUUAGCACAAAGAGUACAAGGAAGUUCAUAGCAGGCCUUCUUCGCCACUAGGACCCUGUGCAAAUGCCCUCUCUGGCCAUGGUGAUGAAUGGUACAGCAUCUCUGCUCAAGCCGCUUUUUGAACUCCCAAAGGUCACUUGCAGGCACACAUCCUCUCUUCAGAAUGAGACCCUGAAGGGAUGUUGAUUUAGUGACAUCUUGCAAGGAAUGACCCUUCCGAUCAACACUGAUAAUACUGUAGCAAGGGUGACAUUAGGAGAGGGUCACUGGAUUUAAAUGAGAGAAAACAAUGGUUGAACUUCAUAAACUCUCCUUAGGCUAAGGAUGCUGAUAGCGCCUGGCAGGUGUUAAAAGGCGAUUCUGGAUUGCAUAUAUCAUGUCUACAGCAACUCCAUAUCUCUACUGUCUCACAGAAGUUAAAGGUUCUGUAGUGGGUGAGUAAUGAACCUGUUGAAUGCUGGUACCAAAAAAAUAAAUAAAUCAAAAAAUAAAAAUCCCCUGGUUUACAAAUAUUCUCAUUAUAGCUAGGACCAGAUUUCAGGAACCCACAGCACAGCGGCCCAUGACAUCCAAAGAGCAGCAUAUGUUAGGGGUAGCAGGUCUGGCAUUAGCUCCUGGAUCAGCCUGAGGAUACUGGAGCACACCAGGGUUGAUGCUGGUCACCGCAGCAUCUUCUCUUCUCUACUUUUUAAUUUUCUUUAUUUUUAAAAUGCCAUUUAAAACAAAAAACAAAAACAAAACAAAACAUGGGGUACAGGGGACUGCAGGGGAGAAGGAAAAGUGAAAUAUCCACUGCAUUACCUUGCAUUAUGUUCAUGCAAUGCUGGAUACAACCACAAUGUACAGCUGAAAUGGAGCCAGUGUGGUGUAAGUGGUUAAGAGCGGUAGUCUCGUAAUCUGGGGAACCGGGUUCGAUUCCCCGCUCCUCCACAUGCAGCUGCUGGGUGACCUUGGGCCAGUCACACUUCUCUGAAGUCUCUCAGCCCCACUCACCUCACAGAGUGUUUGUUGUGGGGGAGGAAGGGAAAGGAGAAUGUUAGCCGCUUUGAGACUCCUGAAGGGGAGUGAAAGGCGGGAUAUCAAAUCCAAACUCUUCUUCUUCUUCUUCUUGAAAUAACUGCCCAACCUGCCCUUCCCAUUUACUACAAUUUCAUUUCCUUCUCCUUCCUCUUUUGUUUCUCUUGUAUCUGGUUUUUAGAUAGAAAUGUGGUUUGGAUAGGGACCUUUCAAAGUGCCAUGCACACAGGCACUGCUGCAGCAGCAUUGUUCUUAAUGGUGUUUUAUUGUUGUACACUACUCUAGUAUAUAGAACUGCAGUCUUUUUGUUUUUUUGAUGCUUAAAAAGCUCUCCUUUUUGCAUGCUGUGCAUAUAUUAAAAGACAAGACAGUCUCUGCAUAUAGGCUCACAAUCUAAUGGACUUACUGUAAAAAGAAUGAGGAGGAAAGACUUGACGGAUAGGACCAGGUAGCCAUUCCUCCUUGACCUGAUGUCCAUCCUGAGAGACAGGGAAUACAGGCCCCCAGCACCUCUAAGCAAGCUCCCUAGUGGGUACCAUUCUGCAGUCCUAGGCAAUAUUUAUUUUUUUACUUCCUUCAUUUUUAUUUUUAUUUUUAUUUAUUUUUUUAUUUCAUUCAUAUCACCGCUUGAUUGUGAAAACAACGACCCUCAGUGGUUUACAAAAAGAUAAAAUAUGCCUUUAUACAGUGAAAAGCAAGGUGGAUUCUUAUUUUCCUACAAAAGGGUUAUAUCUCCAAUAUUAAAACGAAACCAGUCAGUUCAUCUGGCAGCAGCUGUCUAAAAUAUGAGGCAGAUAUCUUGCCACCUAAGGUCUUUUAAACUCAGAACUGAAAAUUGGUCCUUUUGCAAACAAACCAAUCAAUCUACUAUGGUGGCCUUCAUUCCAGUGUAAUGAUAGACCCAUCCCCAUUUGGAAGCAGUGUAACUUAUUUCAGAGUAAAUAUGAUUAGAGUUGGGAUACAUUAUUCUUAAUUGCUUUUUUUAUAGUGUUACACAGAAUUCUGUGAAGAGCCUAUGGGGCCUUUGGCCUGUGAAUCAUGAAAUUGGCCUAGAAAACUGCAAUAUGCAAAGGGAAAGCAAAGACUACCAUGGGUUGCUUUGGGAAUGGCAAUUACCGUAGUUUAUAGAUUUCCUAUUGUUACACAUGUGGUUACCUUCACAUGGAUUGCUAGGGACAAAUAAUAAAAACAGCAUCUCAGGAGAGAUGCACUCAGACCAGUAGAACACAGUACUUUAGUUUGUUGUCCCAUCAAGUUCUUUCCGUUUGAAAAAGAUGACAAUUUGUUGUUCUUAAGCAUUUGUAUCUAAAACAGAUAUACGUGCCCUUGUGAUUCACCUGUAACAAAUGCAAAACAAGGAAAUUAAGUAAGAGCUCAGAAAUGAGAGGAUAAGCAAACAAUUCACCACAUCUGUGGGAAAAGAUGAAAGCACGAAGCUAUAAUGGGACCAAACCGAAGAAUCUAAACAAGAUACAUCUCAGAACUGCAGUAAAAGUAAUUUCAAAGAACACAAUGUUCGCAGCAGACGUCACGACUGAACAAUAAAUUAUUCCUCAAUAUGACUCCCACAGUUUUCCAAAGUCCAAAUCUUAUUCCAAAGACGAGUCUCCCGUGCCCACGUUCAGCAGUGGACUUCUUACAACUGUUUCAGUUCUCAUUAAACUGAUUUACUGGACUCGCUGGCUCUGUUCAGCUUCAGUUUAUUCCUACUUUGUUUAAAAUUCGGGAAGUGCUGGGGAGGAGGGCACAGGACACUAAUGGCUGCACUUGUGCAAAUGGAGUGACAGCUGAUUUAUUACAAAGGUUAUAAAGGAGAAGUAUUAAGUGUGUUCCAUUCGGCAUGGUAAAGACAUCCUGCACAAUGUCCAACAAACCCUGAGAGCACUGUUUUGUUAAAAGAGAGAGAGAGAGACGACGGUGAAGGGGGGGCAGCUCCAACAAAUAUGUGCUCUUCUUCUUUUGAGCAAUAAUUAAGAUUGUAAAUCACAGGCAACAUGAAACAACUGUAUCCGACAGAACACGGACAGUUCUGGAGUUUUGCUGUGCUUGUGUGAUCAGUCUGAAUACCUACACUGAAGCACUAAUGGGAGGGCAAACUUCAAAGAGGUAUUUUGGCAUGAAGGGGAGGCCUGUGAGACCAUUACAUGGAUAAAGCUGUAAAAUAAACUCCUCCAUGCAAAUUGGGCAGGGAGGGGGAAUGGGAGGUUGAAAGGUUUGUGAGGAUCCAGAGAUUUUUCCUCUUUAAAGCACGUAGUAAGUUCUAUAUUUAUUAAUUCUUUAUUGUAGGACCGUCUUUAUUACAGUAAGGAAUAGACAGCUGAGAAUAAAAGUUGGGUUAGGCACCUUUAAAAUUAAGUUGUUCACUCAGGUAGCCUGAUAAUUCAAUGACUUCUAAAACAUUAAAAUGUUUAUCUUGUUUAUGUUGGUUCAUCAGUUACUUGACUAGAGGGGAAAUAUGGCCCAUUUAAAAAAGGACAAGGCCUGUUCUAUCAUGAAUCGCUGGCUGAGUUAAAAAGAAGUCACAAUACUAUACGUAUAUGAACCAUGCUGUUGACAAACAGCAAGCACAGUGCUAUGAGCAGUUAAUUCAGAUGCAGCUUGUUUUCCAGAAUGGAAUAUUUACAGCAUUAGAUGCAAUCUCCUCUUUAGGUUGCCCAUUUCUUUUUGUUCCUUCGGAUGCUUACGAUCUGCACUGAACGUAACUUCAGACGCAGCCCAUAGUACUGGGUAUUGGAGUUAGUAUUGCUUCAAGUGGAACAUUCUGUCAUAACAAAGAUGUUCUCUCUUUUGUUUUGUUGUACCGUAUGUUAAGUGAAGGAAGGGGACGGGAAGGAGAAUUAUAAAGGCAAAUAAUUCAUUAAAAUCUGGAAUGAUUUAUGGUUACUGCAUCGGAUUUGUGGGUUAUUCACUACAUGCACACACAACCACCCUUCCACUAGCCCUACUUUGUAGUUCUGUCUCCUUUAAAGAGCCACACAACAACACCUUUUAACGGUAUCCAUUGAAGAGUGCAAGAAUCUGUUAAGAAGUGCAUAGGGUUUGGCGUGUUCUACAUUAGCUAAAUAGCAACGUUUUGGGUAUGGUUGCUUUCUUAAUACAGGUUUUUAAUUCAGGAGCCAGAGCAGGGGUCAGCAACCUUUUUCAGCCGUGGGCCAGUCCACCGUCCCUCAGACUAUGUGGGGGGCAGACUAUAUUUUGAAGGAAAAAAAUGAACGAAUUCCUAUGCCGCACAAAUAACCCAGAGAUGCAUUUUAAAUAAAAGGACACAUUCUACUCAUGUAAAAACCACGCUGAUUUCCCAGACUGUCCGUGGGUGGGAUUGAGAAGGCGACUGGGCCACAUCUUGCCCCUGGGCCUUAGGUUGCCUACCCCUGAGCUAGAGUAUGCCAUGGUUUUGAGGAUCAGGAAUGUGCCACAGGUUCCUUAUUCUUUCUAUAUUAUGUGCCAAUUCCUCCAUUUCCAUGUUUUUUCUAACUACACUUUACCUUUGUUUUCUAAUUAGGAAGACCACAGUUUGCGAACCUGAUUUCAAAACACAGUUUGGAGUUUAGCAUUAACUAGAGUGUAUAUCCAAUUUAGAUGUUGUAAUGAAUCAUGGCUACUACAGAUGAAACCAGGAAAUGAAAAAGAGAAUUGGUUUGAAGGAUUGGAACAUAAUACCUGCACUAUGUUAAUAUGUUUUCUCAUUGCUGCUACCAUAAUGUAGCAGGGUCUCCUACUUGCUGCCUAUGGGCACCACACUGCCCUCAGCUAUGCCCUUCUAAAUUUUUAAUUGAAGAUGCAGUACAUUUUAUUUUGUUAACAAUCUCGGUGGAGGAAAGGGGAAUUACAUAUCUACUUUUCUGUUUAAACAACACCUAUAUUUUGAGGGAAAGUAGGUCAUUACUUGCUUCAGGAAGCUUCCUUUCAUCAAAGUUCUUUUUUCUUGCUAAUAUUCUAGAUUCUUAUCCCAAGGAGAAAUGCUUUAUCUAUAUGUCAGAAAAAGGAAGCUUUAUUUGAUAAAAAAAGAGAGAGAAAUACUUGUAUGUGUAAGCCUACAGAGGCUUUCUUGGAAUACUAUGAUGAACUUUCUGAUUUAAAAAGAGAAAGUGCAAGUCAGUUUCUGUUUCUCAAUACUUUGCAAAAGGGGCACAACUGUGUGUCGCAUUUAGUUUUCAACUUUACCAGCAAACCAGUUUUAGCACUUUAUUUGUUCUGGCAAGUUUGUUUUUAUGCUAGCAGUUUUGCAAAAUAAUGAUUGUGAGAGUAGGGCUAGUAUAGAAAGUAGAUCUAUAUGUUUCUAAUCAUUUGUAUAUACGCAGUGCUUUUUUCUGGGGGGAUGCAGGGGUACGCAUACCCCUAAAUAUUUUGUAAAUCUAUGUUUGGCCUCAUUGAGGGGCAGUAUUUCAAUAUGCGUAGGGAAAUGAGAGUACCCCUAAACAUUUGUUUUAGGGAAAAAGCACUGUAUAUAUGUACAGGCAAAUCAGAUAAAUGUAGUGCGAGAUAUUUUCAAAAGAGUUUGGGGUGAUGCUAAAAGUGCUACCAAAGCUGCAAAUAUAAUUUCCAUUAAUAAACAGAAGGGGUUUUUUGGGGGGGGGGGGAUGCCGGAUUUAAGGUUGCUGAGUAUGUGGUGAGAAUCAUCCUUCUGAUCCUGUGAAUUGGUGUUGGUAACAUUUAAAGGUGUGGGGGGUUUUUGCCAUUUUUUUCAGCUUUGUUAUGUCCGUUCUUCAUACUCCUUAACCAGUACAACUUGCAGUCUCCCAAGUUCUUCCAUAUGAAGUCAAGGAAACCCAGCUGAAUCACUGAGGGUUGCUAUGUUUUGUCAUCUGUACAAUUAUUACUUUAAAACUUGUCAACCAAGAUCAUUCCCUUUGUGCCCAGUGACACACGAUAAAUGAGCUAAGCUCAUUUGGAAAAAAGCUGGAAGAGAAUAUCAGUUCCACACUUGGUUGCACUGCCUUUGCUUAUAAUCUGUUUGCCAGUCUUCAGAUGCUAACCAAGCCCUUGUUUAAUCUAUUUCCCUAAUGGCAAUUAAGAAAUGUUUUCAUUUCGCUGGCAGAGGAUUGUCAAUGAAAUCCCUUGGCUGUUUGCACUCCUUCUCUCUGGGUACUUAAAGGUGCCCAAGUAAUUUUUCUCUCUCUGCCUCCUUCCCCUUUCCCCUCACUUAGCCUUAAGGCAUCCAAAGCAUUCCCUGUAUGUUUAAGCAGCAGCAUGGAGUGAGGAAGAAAUGAUUAAGCAGCUGAAUGUUUAAAAUCCAACUAAAUGCACCGAUUAUUAUCUGCUUAGGGCUUUCUUAUCUUGCACUGUGUGGUGCUUAAUGGCAGGCCCAUUGUCUUCAGCUCAAAUGCAUUAAUGAAGUAAUCAGGGCAGCAGGCUGAUGUCAUAGGUGGUUGAAAGGUGACCUGUUGGACCGAUUUCACUUACUCCACCCCUUUCUCAGAUUUUUCCAACUAGUUCAGUAGGCGGGUUAGUAUUUUAAGCAGUUAAAAAAAAAAGUUAGCUGGGUUGCAUUUGUGUGUCUGGUAAAAGGAUUGAAGAGGCUCGUAGAUAUCCUGCUUAAAAGAUGUACUCUGCUUCUGUUCUACUUUCUCGCUAGAUAAAGACUCUUAUCCGCUUCCAAGUAGCUCAGUGUGAAAGCAGUCUGCCCUUAUUCACACCUGUGGUAGCUGCUGGCCAAUUAUAUCCUGCAGCCUAUGCCUUGACCUGUGUAGAAGGUGAGGUUUGGUUUAUGUAUUGUCAUUUUGUUGUAGAUAUUUAGACUGCAACCCUAUGCCCAAUGAACUCUUAGAUCCAUUGAACUCAAUGGGGCUUUUGGAUUGCACGGUUCACUAUACAGUAAUAGAUGUUAGAACUUUGUGAAAGAACUUGUUCUGUUUUAAUGAGCGUUUUCUUUCUAUACCAAUAGCUGAGAUUUAAAAAUAGUAUUUGCAUAAUGGUUAACUGUAAAACGUUCAAUAUUAAAAAUCUGACUUGAUGUAAAAUAAUAUUUAUUUAAAUAGCCCAUCAUCAUCUGUUUGUCUCUGAGGUUAACUUGGCACCAUAUUAUGCAAAUCUACGUAAUAUGCCAAAUCUUUAGUCGAAUAAUUUAUUAUGUUUCAGUCUUUUAAAAUCUGUUGCUCUUUGAGGGAGAUCACCAUCUCCAUGUUUAUAAAGAUAGGCAUUAUUGAAAGUAUUAUUCACCCUAAUUUACCUUUAACCCUUACUUGUGGCCUAAUAGAAUACUGUCUUAGCUCCUGUGAAACAAAAUGCCUUGAUAUGUAUAGUGUUUUCUAAAUGAAAUAGGCAUGAACAUAUUGAUUGGAUAAAACACAGCUUCACUUGCAUGCUUGGAAAUCUUUUGAGUGCAUUAUAUGAAACAAAAACUGUUUCUAUGGUUUGGAACUGAAACAAAAGUUAAAAACUGGUUCUACCAGAAAGACCAGGUAGCAGAAUGUGUGUGUGUGUGUGUGUGUGUGUGUACGUGUGUGUGCGUGCGCAAGUGGAUAUUGGAAUAGAAUUAAAAACAUCCUUUUUGCCUUUGAAUGAGAGAGUUUCUGUCUUUUCUCUGUCAUUUUCUCUGUCUUUGAAACAUCGAUCUCAGGCUCUUCUACCAAAAGGAAUCCACAAGGAUUCAUUUUACAAUCUCUAUAAACAUUUUAAAAUCCCAAAAAGUAUUCAAAACUUUGUUUAUAGCUUGCUUAUGUGAUUUAUAAUAGAACAUAUGGCAAAUAAAGUAUUUGGGUGUUAUGUCAAUUGCUGCAAUUGUCUACAUUCUAAAACACGGUUUUAUAUUAGCUCCACUGAUUCAUUCCAUUCAUUUCCCCCAUGCAAACUUUUAGAUUACAUCUAUGGUUCUGCAUUUGAAAUCAAAUGAAAAAGUUGUAUUUACUACAAUGUACAUUUUAAUUAAAAAAUAUCAGAGUUCAUCCCUGCUAGCAUAUGAGAGAAACAAACCAUAGCUUAGCAUUAUGGACAAAUUGAGGAUUGUGGUUGUUUUUAGUCCCAUGUCAAGAACAAACCUCGGCUCCAGAUCAUAGUUCCGAGCAAAACAAACCACAGCCCUUUGUUAUUUCAUAUUGCUAAUGCUCAAAGUGUUCAGUUUGGAUACAAUAAAUUCAGAUUCAAAUUCCUGCUUAGCUCCACUUCAUACUACAAGUGCACUGCUAUGAUUAAGGAAAUCACAGCAAACUUUAGUCAUCUACAUUUGUUUCGUUCACAUGGUAUUUUCUGCUAAUGACAAUAGUGCAGAGAGUAAAAUUAGCCACAAGUAAUUAUUUGCAUGCUGGAGAACAAUACAGCAGCUUCAUAUAUUAAAAAAAAGAAAAAGGCUGAAAGCUGUGGGAUGUUUAUAGCUUUUCAAGGGUGCAAACUACUUCUGCUGGCUCUGACAAUUUCCUUUUGUUUGUAUGGAGUAACUCUCAGGCAAACUUAGCUUCUCUUAAGUUAACAUUUAUUUCCUUGCCAUUCAAAUGAAAGGAAGAUAGCACUGAUCAAAUCAUGUGAUAAUUUGAAGGGAAAAGUGCUAAGCUGCCCCCACCACCACCCCUUCCUCAUUUGUCCUGAUGUUGAUUGUGAGUUAAAUAAAAGAGUGUUGACACUGAAAUUACUUUCAAGUCUGGAAAAUUUAAUCAGCAAAGACCUUGGUAGCUAUAAAUUUGUAGUAGCAGUCCCUAAUUUAUCUUGUAAUUCCAUGACAGGACCUGAAUUGCCUGUAUUUGGCCAGAUCACUUCAGCAGACAGUUAAUGAAAGAAGAGAGGGAACAUGAAGGUCAAAUGCACCAAAAUCUUUUUCAACGAACCAACCGCCCCACUCUUUCUUUCUUACUAUACCACAUUUUGAUUUAUAUGGGCUUGAAUCAAAAGAUCUAUCUGCUAUUGGGGGGGGGGGCUGUCCACCCGUUUAUUUCCCCCCUCAGCUGCAGCUAUCCUUUCUGCAUUGCAUACUGUUUUUAAGGAUUCCUGACCCUGGCUGCAGCCCCCAAAACAUGUGUGAGCAGACGUGCUUCCACCUAUGGGGGGGAUUUUAGAUUUUAAUUUACAGUUGCUUCAUGCCCAAUUGGUUUCCACUAGAAUGCUUUGAUGAGAUAGUGAAGUAAAGUUGAAACAUUUGAAGCGUUGCUUUUACUUUGGAAAAAGUAGCAGUGCUAAUCUAACGUGACUGAUGUACACAUCAAUCUGUCACAUUUCUUCCAUACUUAUUCAUUCAAAAGUACUAGGCAAGACCCAGCGUUUGCUAGUUUGUUGCCCAGGGACAGAUUUGCUAAACAUGAACGAAUGGUAGGAUUAGCAUUUUGGUAGCAGGAUGUUUAUCAUAUUCACUGUCUAGUGUCCUGCUACUUAUGGCUGAGAAGCAAGCAUGAAACAACUAAAAAUUGCUUACCGCUGUGUUAGUAGAUAUGGGCAGGUACAGUGGUACCUCGGGUUACAUACGCUUCAGGUUACAUACACUUCAGGUUACAGACUCCGCUAACCCAGAAAUAGUGCUUCAGGUUAAGAACUUUGCUUCAGGAUGAGAACAGAAAUCGUGCUCCGGUGGCGCGGCAGCAGCAGGAGGCCCCAUUAGCUAAAGUGGUGCUUCAGGUUAAGAACAGUUUCAGGUUAAGUACAGACCUCCGGAACGAAUUAAGUAUUUAACCCGAGGUACCACUGUAAUCUCUUUCUGUUUUGUUUUUUUAAAUCAUGGACCAUUAACAACAAGGCAAUUUGGAAAAGAAAAAAUGGUUUUUUGCUGCUCUUGAAAGGAGAAAGUAAGGUUAAGUAAAGACCUAAUGUAUUUAUUGUCAGUGCUGUCAGUCUUAUGAUUGAAGUGAUUAUGCUAGUUUCUGAACUCAGUAUAAAUAUAUUAUUGUGAAGUAGCUGGUUGCUGCCAAUAGACACUACUUUCACACAUUAUUCCUCAGCAGGACCCUAAUCAAGUUUUUCAGAAGCAGUUUGAAUUUAAUUUGACCUUCCUAGGAUGAUCAUAGGCCUUGAUAGAGAAAAUAAAGGUGAUGCUUGUGUUACUGUUUCUGAUAUAAACUGCUUACAAUAGUUUGAGGCCGAUGGCAUUAUGGUCCCAAGCUUUCCUAAGUUUCAUUUAGCAUGUCUGAAACCACAGAUGUAGAAUAGCUGCACUGAGAAGACCACUGGGGAAUAAAUACCUCUUUGGUCGCUGAAGUAAAAUAAAGCUCUUUUUGCUUGGGAAUAUUCCUCAGCCCCUACUGAAUCAUCAGUUCAGGUGGUUGUAGCACAGAUCUACAAUUCUGCUGUAAAGGAGCAGGAUGAUAUCUACAUUUUUCAUCAGUUUGCGACUUCACUGCCUUAAUUAUUGGCCAUGACCACUGACACGCUGUCAAGUGAGAGAAAGACAAAGGGCCAUGUGUCAUGUGACCCUUAUAUUGCUAUUGACACAGGAGACUUUAGGAUCCACAUUUUAGAGUGAAUAGCCACUGCACUGCGAAGAGAGAAGCGUUUGCUCAAGUGCACAGUUCUCAAUGAACUGGAAUUCAUUGGAAGCUUUUUAAGGCGGGAAAGUGAGUAUUUAAUGCAGGGGAAAGGGAAGGAGGAAUGAAAGUCACUGCUCUUCCUGAUUUGAUAAAAGGGGAGGGGGAGAAUAUCAACUUGCUGGUGUCCAGGUUGGAUUCUUUAAUCCAAUACUGUUACAUUUUUUUCUCCUAUAUCACAUACACUGUUAUAGAUUCUCAUAUGACAGUGGGUUACAUUGGAAAUAAGCAUAGAAUGGUACUGCUAGUGCACUUUUUAAAAGACAUUGACGGGUACUAAAUUGGUACGCAUGUGUCAUAUAUUUGUCUCAUCCACUCCCUUUUAUACAUAGUAGAUGGAUGGAGUUCUAGUGUAAAGAGAAAUAUACAGGAGUGAAACAAAUGGAAAGUGACUUUUCAAAGAAGGCAUUUUCUGGCAUAAGUGGAAUUCUUUGUUUGCUAAAUGUAAUAACGCAAAACUCUUUUUAGUAUGACUGGAAAGUGGUAAGAGCAGGGCAUAACUUGUGGAACCAAAAGACAGGGAACCAGUAUUGUGAUUUAGUACUGUUUUAAAUUCCUUUUGAUUUUUAUUCUUGAUUGAAGGUCUGCUAGCCAACAUUCUUUAAUGUAUGUAAGCAAACAGGGGGUUUUUAAGUCGAAGUUUGUUUUAGGAAAGGUGCUGAUAUUUCUGUGUUUCAUAGGAUUGCUUUUCUAAUGCAGCUUUAAAAAAAAAAAAGUAUGCACGCAUCAGAAUACUUUUUAUUGCUGCACAUGUUUGCCUGGUCCAUUUUCUGAGCUUGAAGCUGAUGUAAUGUCUUCCUUAGUGUCUGAAUUAGUGUUUCCAGGUACUGCAUUGUUCAUUUAUCAAAAAAGGACCACCCUCAAACCUUUGUUGAAUGAGGUGUAACUGCUGCUCCACUGACAGAAGGGUAGACCCACUAACAGGACAGCACUUCAACUGCCAGUGGCCCAUCCACAUACCUGUUAGAAGUUCCACAGGUGUAGAUCUCCUGCCAGUAUUCUGGGAGAGUAUGGCAGGGCAGCUGAAGAUCUGCAGGGCCCUAAGCCCCAUCAGUUCCCCAAAGUAUUAUGUUACACCAGCCCUGAAGCUGUUAUUUUUAGUUCCCUCCCAAUGACUGCAAUGAACCAGCAGUAGCUCCUCCACAGAAUCUCACUACUGGAAGAUUUUAUGGCUUUUUAACACCCCAACAGUAUAUCUAUUUCAUAAAAUAAAUAAUAAAAUAAGAUUUAUUCAGUUAGGCAGCAGCCCUAGUAAUCCCUGCUUCAAACAUGAAGGUAUAUUUCUACUCUUCACAGGGGAAAUUGUUCUUCUGUGUGACUCCUAUUUCACCAACCCCAGUAGUUUGUCUGAAAGGUAGAAUUAAUUAAUGCCCCAAACAAAAUACAACUGUACAUUACUCAUGCAUUUUGAAAAUGUGGAUGGUAUUAAGUACUUCAAUUCAAUUCCCCCCCCCCCUUUUUUUGCCUGAAUCAAAAUAAAUUACAGUAGAUGCAUUUGCUGGGGAGACCUUAUGUAAAAACAACAAAUUAAUCUCCAGCUGCACUGAUGAUUCUCUCCUGUCCUGUAUAUGCGCCUCUCAUUUCUCUGGAUCUCGCCCAGUAUGGGCUGUUGGCAAAACAAGAAUAUUUCCACACUUCACAUUCAGUGUUCCUAUCUUCUUUUUAACUUCCCCAAUUUUAUGGUAGUUUCAGCUGAGCUGAUAUGGAUAUCCUUGAAGCAGACAAGGUGUCUUCAGUUUGAACAGUGAACCCAGCUGUAAGGAGGCAUGUUUGGUCAGUAUAAAGUUUUAUCUCUAGAGAAACAUGUUUUAUUGAAUGCACAAGGGUCAGAAGGGUAAGAGAGGCAAAAGUAUAAGAAAAUAAGGCUAUUAACAAAUUUACUCUUUGGGGAGGGAUGCUGGGGCAGUAGGCUAGUCCAGAUUUUUUAGUCUAUUUUUGGAGUUUUCGGGAUCCCCACCCCCACCCCCGUUCUGAAUUGGAACACUUUUCUAUGUUUAUAGAGAGGUGUAUGAACAAGAACAGUGUUUCCAUUUUCCCACUAUUGCACAUUUCCUUUCACAUCACGGGAGCAUAGGAAGCUGUCUCAUUCUGAAUCAGAAAGUUGGUCAGUCUUGCUCAGUUUCCUCUACACUGACCAGCCAUGGAUGUUCUGAGACAAGGGUCCCUUCCAACAGUAUCUAAAGAUCCUGGGGAUUGAACAUUUGAAUGCAAAACAUGUACUUACUACUCAGCUAAUCCCCCACCCCAAUUUGUUAUGGUCUUUUAUUGAAUUUGGGGAAUUAAUUUUGAAGCAGUGUCUGGAUGGGUGACCACCUGGGAAUAACAUGUAUGUCACCUCAGGCUCCAUGGAGGGAGGAAAUAUUGAAUAUCAGUGUAAGCAAACAAACAAACAAACAAAUAUCAACUUACAAUACAGGGCAAAUGGCACACAGCAGAACUUGGAUAUUUUAAACUUGCGCUCCUUCCUCUAGCAUGAAAUCAUUGGGCCAGAAAAACUUUAACAUCUGGAAAGUAUGUUGAUGAGGGAGGGGAAUUCUAAACUCCUCUUGCCUCUUAAGUUAUGACUUAGGCUUUUGUCCAAAAACACUCAAUUACGAUCUUAGUCAAGCAUAUGUAAAGUUAUGCUUUGGCAAUUUAGAAUUAUUUCCCAUUAAUAAAUGUAAUGUAGGGUUGGUUACAUAUAUUAUUUCUGAGCAACAUAUUUUGUUCCUUGUAAAGAUACAAAACCUAUUGGCAACACUCCAUAGGAAUGCCAUAUGCACAGUUGCAUUUAAAAUUAAGAGGAUUUUAACACUUCCCAUGUAUUUGUCCUAUUAAUUUCCUUGAAAUUUAGUGCACCUUAACUUUCCAAACAUUAGACCACAGAGAUAUUUCUGAACUUAGCAAGAUGUAAUUUUGUGAUUCCGAUAUUUUGACAUAUAUUGAAACAGGAUAUUUAAUCAGUGUAGCAAUACAUACCCAUUGCAUUUAGGAACUGGAGUAAUAUUCAGGGAAUCAAGUCUUGGCUUUGGUAUAAAAUUUCUGUGUAGUUACACCAGUUGUGAUCAUUCUGCUUUUACAGCAGGGCCCAAUAACAAUGACAAACAUAGGGGCAGCUUCCAAAAACAUAACUCCUGCAUCAGAUUACUCCUCAUCUGUCCAUAACGUGCAGUUAUAGAAAUGUGUGAUAUGAUGUCUUGUUCUGCCCCUAUAGACUAGUGUUCAGCUGCUGCUGAAAUAAUCUGUUGGUUUCUCCCCCAAAUGCCAAAGGUUCAGCUAACACAUCAUAAGUAUUGUAAGCAAUGGCAGUCUAGUUAUAUUCUCAGUUCAAUAUAACGUCACUUAAUCACUUGAUCUGUAGUGCCCAUUAAAGAGUUCCUCCCCACUUCAGUAUAAUGUCCUUAUGCCCCAGGACCUUCAUUUUCCUGAGCUGAGAGCACAGGAGUGGAAUCUCACAUCUCACCUAGGUACCUCUGGAUUUCUGAACUCUUCCAGAACUUUCAGCUGAGGAAAGAAUCACCCAGGCUUUGGAUGAGUUUAAAUAAACAGUAGUUAAAAAUUGCCUUGCUGCAGCAGGCCAAGGGCCAUCUCAUCUAGUGCUCUGUUUUUGACCAUUGGUGAGCUAAUGGCUUCUGCAAGGCUCACAUAAUGGUGAAAGCCAUUGUCUGCUGUUUGACUUUGCUAUACUGUUAGUAAAUUGGCUAUCGUCAUCAUCAUUCUUUUUAAAAAUUAUAUUUCACCUUAUUUUCAAAAGAAACAAAAAAUUAACAACGUACAAUAUUACAGCAUAUGUUCAGACGUAAAAGAUAAAGGUAAAGGACCCCUAACUGUUAAGUCCAGUCGCAGACAACUCUGGGGUUGCCGCGCUCAUCUCACUUUAUAGGCCGAGGGAGCCGGCGUUUGUCUGCAGACAGGUUUUCCAGUUUUGUGGCCAGUGUGACUAAGCCGCUUCUGGUGCAAUGGAACACCGAAACUAGAGCAGUGCACAGAAACGCUGUUUACCUUCCCGCCAGAGCAGUACCUAUUUAUCUACUUGUACUUUUUUAUGUGCUUUCGAACUGCUAGGUUGGCAGGAGCUGGGACCGAGCAACGGGAGCUCACCCCAUCACGGGGAUUCAAACCACUGACCUUCUGAUCGGCAAGCCCAAGAGGCUCAGUGGUUUAGACCACAGCACCACCCGUGUCCCUAUGUUCAUACAUAGUAACCCCCAAUUCCAAACCCAGUCAUGGAGCCCUAACCCACUCAUGAAAUAAGUUAGAACAGCUAGAAUACAAGUUAGAACACCCUAGGCCAAAAAUUAGGCUUAAGUUGUUGGUGUUUUUCUAUGACAACACAAAUUAGUCUGGCAUAGUUUAGGUGGAACACUGGGCAUGGGGGUUGAUAUUCAUGCUUAGUGCAGUUUUCACUUGUAAACCCUGCCAGAGUGCCUUAGUUGAUGCAUUAUAUGCUGGGCAGGUAGAAAUAAAUUAUUAUUAUUAUUAUUAUUAUUAUUAUUAUUAUUCUCAUUGUGCUCCUGAAUAGAGAAUGGGUAACCCUGAUGACAGGCUGCAGUAAAACUGCGCAGGAGUUGGAAAACAUGUUAACGAGUAUGUAUGGCAAGAGAAAUUUAACCACCAUGAAGCUUAGUUAACGAUUAAUGCUAGCUGCUUGAACCUGUGCUUCUAAAGCAAACAUUGCCAGUGUGGAGUUAGAUGAGCAGUGUUUUCCCCUGUGCUCAGUGCAGGCUGAGAGGCUGUGUGUAUAUCUGUAAUCUUUUGCGAAAGAGAGAAAACAGCAGCAGUGUAUCAGAAAGUCUUUUGCUGCCUCUUCAAACGCAUACAGGAGGCAUCAUAUUACUAAGACUUGCUAUUUUCAAAUGAAGAAGGAAGGGUGGCCUGGUGAGGUGCCCAUUGUAUAUGUCUUGAGGUUCAUAGGGUAACUGACCUGACUUACCCAGCUGUUGUUUUGCUUGUUUAACUGACUGUUGCCCAAGCAGGUGCUGGUGUAGUGAGAAGCUGCUUAGGAUAGCUUACAUACUUUUGCUUUCACACUUCAAGGAGGAAAACGAAGAGAAUGCUAGUCGAGUACAUACUUCGUACAGACAGUCACUGGCCCAGUUUGCACUUCACAUUAAACCGUAGUUUAAAAUGAGCUGUGUGUGUAUCUGGGUUUUUUUAAAAGAUGUUGCACUGCUGGUACUUGACUCCUCUUUGUCUAUCAAAAGAUAAUCUAAUGUUUGCUGGAAAUGUGGGGGAAGAAAAGUGGAUUAGAUACAUGUACAGUGGACCUGUGGGAAAAUCAGAGGUUUUGAGGGGGGAAUGUUAAUAUAAUGAUUUGAAACAUUGUAAUUUAGUGGAAAAUCUGCUGACUGAAUGAAGCCAGUACUAACCAAAUUGCAUAUUCAAAUAAUUCCAACCAAGCAGGCAGGAGUGGUUUAAUAAAAUAUGGUAUACAGUAGAACCUCGGGUUGCGAACGUGAUCCAUGCAGGAGGCACGUUCGCAACCCGCAGCGCCACGUCUACGCAUGUACGUGAUGCAUUUUGGUGUCUCUGCACAUGCGCGAGCGCUGAAACCCAGAAGUAACCCAUUCCAGUACUUCUGGGUUCGGCACAUCCGUAACCUGAAAAUGCACAACCCGCAGCAUUCACAAACGGAGGUAUGACUGUAUUUACAUGAUGCCUUACUUGCUUACUGAGCUUACAGAUGUGGUAUGAUUAGGAAGAAAGAUGACAGAGCAAAAGAACAGUUUGAGAGAACGUGGCCUCCCUUUCACUGUUUUCAUGAAGCAGUAGUUUGGAACCAUUUAUAACUUUUUCACUGCUGGUAUAAAUCUGAGACUGUAUAAGAUAUGAAUAAACAGUGUGUUGCAGCAUGCAGCUCAAAUGUUCCCAGGGGUUUCCUCCUGCUGCUGCCAUGCUGGGGAUGAAGAAAAGCCAGUGCUUGUGUUGUUGUCUGAAAGCAGGCUUGUAUUUUGUUUCCUGAAAAUAAACCUUGGUUGCUAUCAUGGGUUCUUUUGGUGGAAACAAACCAUGAGCCCAGGUUCAAACUACACAACACAACAGCAGCAGAAGAAGAAGCAGGCAAGGAAUACCAUGGGAACUUUCCAAGAGCAUGCACUAGCAUGCUGCAUUUUCACAUCAAGCCAGUUUGUUUAAAACUCUUCUUUCAUGUGAUAUGUGAACCAGACCACUGUAGAUGACAGGGAGCUGUGGAACAGCUGCCAGAGUGUUGGCUAGAAGCCUAUCAACUGGAACAUACAGUGCCCAACUUGUAGUAACUGAAGUGGUUGUCUGUUUGUAUCAGAGCCCAGUUUGAAGCGUGGUGUUUAACCUCCAAAGGCCUUAACAUCUAGGACCAAGAUACUUUGGGAACUGCUCUCUCACCAAACACCAGCCCAACUUUUAACCCUAACCCUGUACUGUCCUCACCAAAGAUUCAACAAAUGGGUGAGAGAUAAGACCUUUAAAUUGGUAGCACCCAAAAUUUAGGUAUGUACUCCUUGGGGAGUGACAUCUUCCCAUAUUCAGAUGUGUUUUCAUCUACUCAUUGGGUAGACAUGCUUUGAAAACAGGCUUUUAAUAUUUAGUGGUCAACAGCUUGUAAAGGGGGUUCAACCUGAUGCUACUACUCUACUGUUUUAAAUGAUAGGAUUGUUAAUUCUUAUUUCUUCAUUUAAGUUACACUCUGCUUUUCUAUAAUACUUUCAUAUUCAAAAUGGGCUUACAAAGCAUGGUAAGCAGCAUCAAGCAAUUGAAAUAAAAGAUAAAAAUACAAUUAAUGAUCCUACUAUCUAAAAUGAUUAGUGUGUUGCAGUACUCAACAAAUUUAAGAGUAAAUAAUAAUAAUAAUAAUAAUAAUAAUAAUAAUAAAUUUCAAAAUCACUUAAGGCAGGAUCCAAAUAUCUCUUUUAAGCAUACCCAGUAGGAUUUUUUUUAACUUUUUGUCUCCAUCAUUUGCUUUUGAUUGCAAAGAACAAAGUUUAGACUAUCCAUGAAAAUCAUUUGGGGUGAAAAGUUACUUUUCUAACACUUUUAUGACAAUUUUAUCAGUUUCAGUGUACUUCCAAAUAUUUACAAUGCUUUGCCUGGGGGGAAAGUACACAUGAAAUCUCAAACUCUCAUAGCUAGAGUAUUAAUGCCAAAGACUGUCUGGAGUACAAAGGUUAUGAAGUGCAUGUUUAAAGAGUCUGCAGAAUAGAAGGCCAGGGGCCAUGCUGCCAAGUUGUUAGAUUCAUGACAGGGCAGGGGCUUCGUUGCAGUACCUAAAACUGAAUAGAAAGAGAGUUUCAACAGAUACAUUGGCCUGGUUAGCACAUAAUGCUAAACCAUGGUUCAUUAAACCAUAGCUUAACAUUAUGACUUGGAUUUAUGUGUGAACCCAGCCUAGCAGAUUACUUAUGGUUACUAUGAUUAAAGGUCACUCAUUAACCAACAUUUGCAGUUGGUUUAUAAAUCUUAGUUAACACUAACCAUAGCUUAGUAUUACUGGAGAACCAGGACCUCCAUAGCUAUGUUUAAAGAGACAUCAUCACCCAAAAGCUACAGAGCUGCAAAUGAAAAGUGGCAAAAAAUAUUUUUUUAAAACAUCAAAUCCGACUUCCCUCUGGGAUGGGCUGCUUUCACUGAUGCUCUUAACUACUGUAUUCUGUGACAUAAUUAACUAAGGUUUAAGUGAUCAUACACUAGACACCUUAGCUUUCACUAUGGUUCAUGGUCAGCUUUAGCUGUGGUUAACAUUAACCAUGGUUUAGUGUUAAGUGCAGACUAGGCCAUCAGCUACCAUUAUAAUGUGCAGCGUUCAAAGACCCUGAACAUGCUGGUGUUAGCAUGAGUCUCUCUGAAGCCAUGUGAUUUGAAAAUGAAAGUAAUAGAAGGAAUAAUAAAGAUUUGCCCUUCUUUCUUUAUCUUCUUUAUUAUUACAACACAUAUAGCCUGUUUUUUUACAUAUAGGUGUCCAAGGUCAGUAUAGCUCUGUUACUGAACUGAUCCCAGAGGCAGGAUUUUCCAUAACAGAAUAUACAUGAGGCAGCCCACGUGAAAAACAUUAUGUCAGAAUAUAAAACACAUGUGGCUUCUGCAGAAAAAUGUUAUAUUGUUAGAAGGAACUUGUUAUUCACAUUUAUUUUUAGUUAAAAGCUUUUUUCAGUUUCAAGUUUUGAGGAAACUAAGUGUGCUGGCCAAUCAAGGACUAAUUCUUAAGGGGCUGCUUUGUGUCUCCCAGAGACUGCCAAUAUCUGUUUGUUGAGUGAUGCAAUGGUUUGCUGAUUAAACAGCUCACCAUAGGGUUUGGGGCAAAAACUGUGGACAUUUAACCAAUUUGAACAAUUUAUUGCUGUAAUUGAAGGGUUUAGUUGGUGUUUAUUAACUAACCUUCCUGCUAUGUUUACUAACUUAUCAUGAGAAUAACCCUUGGCCCUGACUUUUAUUUUUUAGAUUUUCCGUAGGUAGUAUGGAUACUUAAGUUGUCAGUAGUCAAGGUCAGGAUUUCAUAUAAUCCUGUUUUUCAAAUUCAGAAGAAUUGCUGGCUUUCCCCCUCAGUGGGAAAUACAUAAAUAUUAUAAGAUAUAUGUUGCUGCACAAAAACUAUCCUUUUACUUUUAAAAAAGCUUGUCGUUUUUCUUUCUUGACAUAGACGUGACAUCUAAGGGUAGUCUAAAACUCACACUGUGCCACAGCGUGAUCUGUGCGAUAAGCGACGUGUGCCACUGUGUUUUUCCUUUAUAUAAGAUUUGUAACCAUUCCUGUCCUAAUCAUCGUUAAAAUGGACUCGUAACUAGAAGAAUGGCAUUAUUGCUGUGUUGUACAGCAGGAGCUCCAAUGAAAUGUCAGAGGCACACGUCGCUUCUCGCACAGAUCUAUUCAAUAUAACAAUGUGUGCUGGUGGCAAUACCAGCCUACUUUCUCCCUCCCUUCUUCAAAAGCUGUUUAACUAGAACUAAUUGACCAUUCCUAAAGUGCAAUUAGCAAGGAUAUUAAUCUAUUUUUGACAGGUGUGGAAAUUGGUUCCUUCUUGCCUAUUCAGUAGACACUGAAUCUGAGUAACCAUCCAGAAGUCUGAAAUGUUUCGCCUUUUACAUUCGCAUUGGAUAUGUCAAAACUGAAUACUGUAGACUAUGUUUGUCUGGUCUGAUCAGCCAUAGAGAAUCAGGCCAAGAAAAUAAAUACACUUGGAGUUGUCAUAACAGUUGAAAUAAAAUGUUUUCACUCAUCAUUUGGAAAGAGAAUAAAAAUAUUAAGAGUUUGGGUUUUCUUCGUAAAAUUUUUUCAAACAUUUUCCAGUUUUUCCUUUUUGGGCAGGGGGUGGGGGGAGAGAGAGACAGACGUUCCUCAGUUUCCCAUGUGUUCUCUCACCCUGCUCCUGCAAGCAUCCACAUCUCAAGAAUUUAUCCUUAGAACUAGACAAGGAAAUUUGUAUUUCCUCCUUUAAUUACAAGGAACUUUCACAGUACAUGAAUGAAACACAAAGCCUACCCCAAAGACAUACAUCUGUUUUACAUAAGAGGAAUGCAUUUAGGAGUGUGAGAAAUUGCUUAAAGAUUAUCUUGAUACUAAGAAUAUGCAGUUUAUUUACUUUAUAAUUAUGCAGGGUUUGCUUUUGAGAAGCCCUCUAUAAUUUUCACUACUUAGUCAAAGAUGUAUAAUAAGACAUCAAUUGCUAUAGGCACCCACCCCAGAAGGAAGACAUGAGACAAGUUAUGGACUGAGCUAGGCCAAAACAUAAUUAAACAUCUGCAACAGUGGUAUUAACAAAGGCCCCCUAAAUAUCCUGACUUCCUAUGCAGGCCAAUCUGUUGUUGAUCCUCAGAGAAGGAGAAAAACCAUGGAGUCCUCCCACUCGUAUUGUGAGUUAGUCUACCUGGCUCAGAAAAUGAAACAGAGCUAACAUCCCCAUUUAAAUUUCCUUGAAGUGGUUACACCGCUGAACUGCUGUUGCUGAAAGACUUCAUUAUGUCCAGAGGUCCCCAAGUAUUCCAGAUCCAAUGAUAUUGCUUUUAGGAUCACUAUUUCAAACACACACAAAAUUCAGGAUACUCAUCAAUGACCCAACCUUCCCUAACUUUGCAGAGUCUCUGUGUAUAUGUGUGUGUAUGCAUAUAUGUGUAUUUAAAACAAUUUUUUAAAAGAGAACUCAGUGUUGUUAUAUGUUGUGCUCCAAAUGUUAUACAUGGCUGAUGUAUACUUAUUAAUAAUCUCACAUAGUAUAAACCUGUUCACCUACACUUCACUGCUUUGACUUGCAAAAGCUACAAUGUUGCAUGAUUAUUUUGACAAUUGAGCCCCUUCAGUAACUCCAGACCACUCCUGAGGAAUCAAGGCCAGCCCCCAAAUUUGUCCUCAGCACAAUACAACCUAAGCCUGGCUGCCAACAUUCACAUUUCACUAGCAUUGCAACGGCUACCUUCAUGCAAAUCUAGUUUAUUUUUAAAAAUACAGAUCCUGCUUGCUUUAUGUGAACUUCACAAUACAUUAAUUACAGUUGAACCUGCCUGACAAUUGCUAUUUGUGUUGGAAGUAGAAUCACAGAAUUGUAGAGUUGGAAGGGACCACAAGCAUUAUCUAGUAGUCCAACCCUCUGCAAUGGUAGGAAUCUUUUGUCCAACAUGGGGCUUGAACCCACAACCCUGUAAAUCACCCCAUGGAUGGACAGCUGUCUGUUCAGGAUGAUGUACCUAUGAAUUUCCUGCACUGAAUAGGUGGUUGGACUAAAUGACCUAUGAGACCUAUUCCAGCCCCAUGAAUCUUCAAAACAGGGACACUGUCAGAAUAAUAGAAUACAGCAAAAUGCACUCUGUGUACCACUGGGGGAAGUAGCUAUUUGCUGUAAAAGUAAGAGGCAGAAGAAGAAUCAUAGAUUCCUCUGUCUUUCAUUUUGCAAGUCAAGAGGAAAUGACAAAAAGUAAAAGCAAAUGAAGAUGGAUGAAACGCCAAAAGGGUGAAGGGGAUUCUCCUGUACAGGGAUCAAGAAUUGACUCCUGGGUCACUUCAGCUGUUACUGCUCUUUGUGGUGUGUGUUUUUCAAAAGGCAUUUCCAGAGGGCCACUUCCUGAUGGUAGCUGAGGCAAAGACCUUUAAAACUUUGUCUAUAGGUCAUUCAGAGGUCAUUGUAAAUUGAACUCAAUAUCUUUGAUAGGAGGGAAGCAGAAAGCUCUAGGGAACAAACCUAGUUUACAUAUCAUGUUAUUUUUGUAAAAUUAGUUGGGUUCAUUAAAGCCAAAAUGCCCUUACCAGGUAAUGGAGGACAUGUCUUCAACUUACAGCUGGGAAAGAUAAUUGGUACACUUCAGACCAAUUAGCAAUGAAGGAAGCUCAGUUAAAAUCUAGUUUUCUGCAGGUUGUAAUAGAAUAAAAUCGAUAAAAUUAUUCUGUACAUGGUUUACAAAAAAGGGAAAAUGUCAUCAUUGGAGGAAAAUAAUUGUCUUUGAGAGAGAAAGAACAAACUGGUGUUUAAUGAGCAAGCUCUGCCUCAUAUACCAAAAAUUUCAAAACACAGAAACAUAUCUAUAUUUCACGCCAGCACUCUAAACAUACUUACUAUGAAGCAGAUCACACGUUUCCAUAAUAUAUACAUCCAUUCAGUUAAUCUUAAAUUGAAUUAAAAUACUAGUGUAAAUAUAUACAGAAUACAAAUAGUUUGAAUCUGGACUGCUCUCUGCCCCAGCCUCUUCCUGCUCACUAAAUCUUGUUGCCUCUUCAGCUUCUGACACCUCCUCUUCCCAGUCUGUCCAGUCUUCUCCCUCUGACCACUCAUUAUCACCUCAACACAAAUCCCCUGGCUCUGAGACACCUUCACCUGGGGGUUCCCUUGGGGGUUGCCCAGCUGGUGCCUCCCCAACACAUCCAGCCAAUCCAUGACAGCUACAGGAGAAAGGAGGGCAUUUGCAAAAAUUGCUUGCCCUUCCUCCUUUUGCUAGAAACAAAUAUAGAAUUGUUCUUGCUAGAAAGAGAUUAUAAGCUAUGAUACCGUCUGCGUGGUCUGUCAAGUGGAUUAAAAAAAAAAGUCCCUUAAUUUUCCACAGUACCUUGAAUUUAGGUACAAUAACUUGAUUUCAAUUAGUAGGGGCAUGGCUUGCGUGCGAGGGCUACUGCGCUGCCAGCGUUGCUGCCACUGCUGAUGCCAGGCGUCAAAAGGGGCCACCAGAGCAAGUCCGGUCAGGUGGGUGGGCAGGCGGGCAGAGGAGAUGGCGGAUGAGGGCAGUGGCGCCAGGGCCGGUUUCCAGAUAGCCACGAGUCUGGCAGAGGUAGCGAGCUUGAUGGAUACUUCAGAGCAGGCGCUGCGCCUCAUCCUGUCCAUUUUCAUGGGAUUUCAAUUAAUAACUAUGAGGCCCAUAUUUCUAAUAUUGCAUAAUACCAAUGACGGACUGGUUUGUGUUACUGAGGGCAGGGGUGGGGAGAUGAAAGACUAGAGAUACUGUCCUGACUAAAAAUAAGGGGUUUUUUUUUUAUUAAAAAAAAACAACCAAGAAACAUUUGGCAUCAACUGGAGGCUGGUUUAGGGGUUAUUGUCCAGAAGGACACAAUACGUGUGAUUGUUUUCUCUCCGGAAGCCAUGCCCAGGUGGUGAAAGUUAAGUAUUGUUGCUCAGAUAAGGUCUGAAAGCAGUUUUCCUGGAUGUCUUCCUUGCCCUUCUGUCAAAUGGUCUCUAUGAAUGCAAAGCUGUGGACAGACAUAGUCCAGACCUAUUGACAACUUUUGGAGGUGGAGCAGUGAGGAUUUUGAGCCUGCAUUUUGGAUACGACACUACUUCACAUUUCUGACUAGAAAUCUAAACUAGAGAUGCAGAGAUCACAAGAGACAAGUGGUUUGAAUUAGGAAAUUGCCUUUGCAUCUGUAAUACUGAAAGCAUCCUAGCUGCAGUGCUUUUUUCUAUAUAUAAAAAAAAAUGUUUAGGGGUACUCUAAUUUUCCUACUCCUAUUGAAAUACUGCCCCUCAAUGAGGCCAAACUUAGAUUCACAAAAUGUUUAGGGGUAUGCGUACCCCUGCAUACCCCCAGAAAAAAGCACUGCCUAGCUGUAUGUGAAAGGGUAUUAUCCUAGAAUGGUUUCUUUAAAUGUUAACUUUUAUGUUUGCUGCUGAAGCAACGUGUAUGGGGAAACAACUGCACACAGCAAGCUUCUUUAAAAGAUAGGGGGGACCUUGUUUAUAUAUCUUUGGCUUUAUAUAUCUUUAUAUAUCUUUAUCAACAACAAUUUACAUGUACUGCUCAUAAGCUGUGAAUAAAUCUGCAUUGAAAAAUAUUAUAGAACUUUUUAAAAUCAUGCCUUCUACCUUUCAGUCUACUAGCAUUAUAUUAUAUUAUAUUAUAUCACAUUACACAUUUCAAAUUGGAAAUGCUUUAAUCAGCGUUUAUAACUGACUUGACAGCAUAAUUGUCCCAUUUUUAUGAGAAAGAACUGUUACCUAAAAAGAUAACUACAAUGCUCAGAUUUGCAUUUCCUUGUCACCACUUUUUCUGAGUGAAAAAGUAUUUUUUCUAUCCACUCUUUUUUCUCAUAGUGAAAAUGAAAAGUGUGUGGCUUUACCAAAGCCAGGAUUAUAUAUAAGUAAAUAUGGAUUAUUAUCACCAUCAUCAUUUUAUAGCUGAACCUAAUGAUGAACAGGUAUUGUUCUUAUCCUCAUUUAUAAACCUGAAAUUAAGAUAAACUUUAUAUUUUCAACAGUGCCCACUUGAAUAUCUAUUUUUUCUUCUUGCAUUUGGUUUUAUUGAAAAUAUAAUUGUAGUAUUUAACACUUCUGAAAAGAAUUACAAUUGAAAACUUCCUUCUAUUAACAGACAAAUAGUAUAAAUGCAGUACCAACAGAGGCUUCUUUCCCCAUGUGUUAUCAGCACAUUUUCUGGUUUAAUCCUCUUGGGGUAUUGAAUGUUCAGUUUAUUUAUGAUGCUGUAUAUCUCUGAUACAUAUUGAAUACUUAAAGGGGAGCAGUGAGAUUUUUAAGAUGAUCCCAGAGUGAUGAAUUUGUGAUCUGAUUUUUAUAUUGAGUACUAAUAGUUAUUAAAAUUGGUUCUUUAAAGAGCAUGUGAUUACAAACCUCAGGAAAUCAAAUAUUUUUGCUUGGCCUCCUGCCCAAUAAUUUCUUCCAAAUAUUAUUGCAAAUGAUUACUGUGUGUGUGUGUGUGUGUGUGUGUGUGUGUGUGUAAAAAUGAAACAAUAAGCCUUCAGAAAGAGGUUAUAAUAAAGAGAGAUUGUAAGAUUUUAUUAUUUUUGUAGUUUUGACUUCCAAAAUCAAAGGCCUGCCCCCCAAUAAUCCUAAUGGAUUGACUUCCAAAAUUCCUUGGAUUUGUAAUGCUGGACUUGCUUCUCUCUGAGGCUUAGCUGGAUUCCCUGCAGAUAGAUUUUCAGGUUUAUAAACUGUAAUACCACUUAGUCCAGCUGUAAAUUUGUGGUGAAUGACUUGAUAUAACAUUAUAGGAAGAGAGCAGUUUUACCUAUAAAAGUCCAGUGUAUCAAAUACCAAGGGAGCAGGAACAGGGAACGGACUUUUCAAUUAGUUGGCUGUGUGGCCUGAUUGAACAACUGCCCUGUGGCUAACAAAGCUUUGUCUGUAGUAUCGGCUUGCUCCUCGUCCAACAGGGCAAAUAGAGUGAUUCUGUGAUUGGUCAUUAAUGGGCUAGUCAUCGAGUGGAGGUUUUGUUCUUAAAUGGGGGCUUUGUCUUAUCCCUGCUGUUUAAGCCCCCUCCAAGCACUCCUCACCUGUCAUAUCUGUCAUACAUUUAAUUCAUCACGCUCUCUGGUCAAAAGCUACACUGAUAGUAUCAAAAGCAAAAGAGGGGGAUUCUUAUAACUUUAGCGAUCAAAGGAGAUUACCAGGCAAAUAAGAUUUUAAUGAAGAAGGAAGGUUUGUGGAAGGACAAUUUACUGCAUUGUGAUUCAACAACUUGCAUGUUUUUUAAACUCGUAUUAUUAAAACUCACCUGCAAUGGUUCAAACAUCCAAUCACUGAUAAAUCUGCUGCUUCAGAGAAAGACAUGUUUGUGUUUUCAUUUAGACUUGCAAAUUUUGUUUGCUGCUAAAAGAAAGAAGUCUGUAUACAUAUUUCAAACACUGUAUUUAAAUAUAACAAAUUUGAUAGAGCUUGCCUUAUGCCACAUAUUUAUCUCAACUCUAGAUUAAAUAAACCCUACUGGGGAAUUAUUUGAAUGCCAGUACAACCCUAAACACUCUGAUUUGUAAUCAUUUCAGAUGCAAAACAGAUGGAAAUUUGCCAGUUAAAAACAUUGAUUGAUUUGGGCACAAGGUUAGUAUCAAGAACAUAAUACUAUGGUGGGCAAAGGUCCACUAUGCCGUAUUUGUAAGGCUAUAUAUCACAUAAAUAUUUAUUGGGUCAGGGCCUGGUUAAAGACUUAUUUUCUUAUUUGUUUACAAGAGAACACAUCCUCAGUGGUGGCGCCUUGUCUUAAAAUUUAAUGACCAUUGCACUAAUUCAGUUUUCCAACUGCAUUUAAAAAGAAAAGAAAAACACCAGUCUGAAUAGUAGAAUGCUAACAGUUUGGGCUUUUUGCUUUUUCAUUUGGCAAUUUCAAAACCAUUGAUGGAUUAUCUGCAACAGAUGCUGGUGCUGCAGAAGGUUGAGUGCAGCCCUGAAUUUUCAGAGUCAUUGGGGGUGGGGAUCAAUUAAUUGCAAAGAUAUUAAACAUAAAACACAAUACAGAGAUUCAGUAAUUAUUUAAUCUCACUGAAGUAUCAUUCCAAAUGUGUGUGUCGGCAGAAUUGUAUUUUAUUUUUACCUUAAAGAACUGCCUUUGGGGUUGGAGAAAAUUAUCAGUUUUGUUUAUCAGACUGUAAAUAUAGAAAUAAUUAUAUCACCACAAAUUUGAUUGUAUUGUGGCAAGUCACAAGUACGAGCUGAAUCAACAAUAAAUGGGCAACAAUCUUCAAUCCUGUAGCUAGAUUUCACACAUCCAAUCAUUGAUGAUUUCGCCCCAACAGAAAGUCAGAAUUGGACAGAAAAUGGGUUCAGAGUAAUUGUCCAUACUAGCAGAACUGAAAUAUUCCAUGUCUGAAAUUAAAACCUGCAGGAUUACUGUCCCUGCCUAUAGUGCAUAAUGGCAGAUAAGGCAACAGGUGACAAAUGGUAUAGUGUCUUGGAUGUCUAGUAUCAGCCAUUAGCACAAGGACAGAGAACUGUAGUCUGAGGGACACAUUUCCUUCUAGGCAACCUUCUAGGAGCCUCAUGUUAGUUGUAUGUAGGGCCAUGAAUGUUAAUUUUAUGUUUGCAUUGUUUCUACACACACUCACAUGUCCGAACAGGCAAGGAAGAAACAGUAUCAGAGUUCAAGGACACAUUUGAGUGAAGCAUAAAUUCUCAAGACAGAAGAAAAGCAGGACUGAUGGGGAGAAGCAACAGAUUGGGAGUGGGUGUGGCCCGAAGGAGAGGUCUGAAUGCUGCAUUUUGCCCUCGGAACAGGGGUUCCCCAUCCCUCCAUUAGUAUUUUUGUGUGCACAGAAUAUAAGCAAGAUUUAUUGGAAAUAUAAAGUGCAGUUUUAAUCCAUCCAAAGCAAAUUUUAUUUUGGCAUAAUCGGAAUAGUGUGAGAAAUGCAACAGUUUGUGCCCAUCCUGUGACAUUCGGUUAACACUGGAAGGUCCAGGCUAGCCUUCCCCAACUUGGUGCCCUCCUAGAUCCUUUAGAUGACAAUUUCCAUCAGCCCUAGCCAGCAAAAGCCCUACUUGCUGGAGUUCAUUGGCGUUGUAGUCCAAAGAAUCUGGCUGGGGAAGGCUGACCUAGGUUAUAUGAGAAACACCCACGAUAUGGCUCCUUUGUGUACCAGAAUUGCAGUAUUUCCUAGGAAAUGGUAAUUAUUGAGAAAAUGUGUUUAGCUUUUUUGAUUUGACCUAUGCAUAGUUGAGUAAGAUGGCAGAUAAUGAUGGUCCUGAUACAGAGAUGCAAUCAAAAGACAGCGAAACCGCCGACAUUUUCAAGAAUUUCCUCUUCCCACCAUUCACUGCUGAUCAAAAGGAUAGUAUUUCGAGAAGGAAGGGGAGAACAGUGAAUCAUGCAUGCCUACCUGAGCCCUGCAUUUUGCCAUCCUUCCCCAUUUACCCCAGCACUUUAAUGACUGCAGUGCAGAUGAGCUGAACGUGCUGAGUGGUAUCUUGAAAUUAUAUAUAUUAUUACAGAAUGCCACCAAUUCCACUAAAAUAGCUUGCUUAUUGACUGUGUUAUAUACACUUCAUUCACUUAACUGAAAGAAGCAUACCUCUUCAUUUAUACCUCCAGGAUGCUUUUUAAGUUAAAGUAUAAACUCAGGAAAGACAUGCAUGCAUGCACAGUAUUGAAUUGUAGCUGGUUAGAAGCUCUCCUAUUUAAUGCUGGCGAAGCCUUCCUUUAUCUCUGUACAAUAUGUAUAGUAGCACCAUCUGUUGAACUAUUAAAACAUCAUCCUAGCUUCUCACAUUAAGAGCUCAGUCAGUGGCGAUACAGGGUGCUUCCCAAACUGCCUUUUUUUUUAAUAUUAACUCUUUCCGCCUUACUUGCCAAUACAAAUAAAACCAGGCCAGUCAAGAAGCUAGGAAAUGUCAUAAGAAAAACAAAGGAAAGCCCAUAUAAACACCCUGCAGUCACAGGACAGAACAAUCCGCCUUGUUUAUAUCAACAAAGCUAAGUUUAGUAUAUUAAUGUCUAGUGGGAAUAUGUUUUCAAAUCACUAGCUCUUCUGUGAAAAGAAUCUUUGCAUAAAGUGAACGGUCCCUUAAAGAAAAAGAAAAAGAAACCUCUCACAUGAAGUAGUGUACAAGACAAGCUAAGCUUUUCUAGGUGCAAAGGUUUUAUUUCGACAGUAAAGGGAAAUGUCUACCUUGCACAGAAUAGCGCCACUGUGACCAAACUUGGUAACGUGUCGGCUCCUAUUUCAGGCUGUACUUUUUUAACUGUAGGAGAUAUUUGAUAAAGGAAAGAGAGGGGCAGGGAGGGGUGGGGGGUGGAGAGAAAGAAAAGAAGCAAGCUCUUCAGUGACGCGUGCGGAGCACGUGGAAGGUAAAUCCCCUAAUUCAUUCUAUUCUUCCAGCAUUCCUUGGCGGGUAGCCAAGCUAAAUAUUUCUGCUGGAUAAAAAUGUGCUGUUGUAUGCAGCAGCCUUCUCUUAACUGGACAGCUAACUGUGGGAGAAGGGGGGCUUCUCCAAGCAGAUGACGAGCCAACAUGUGUGCCCCUUUAUCUAUUUAUUUAUUUAUUUUAUUAAAAGGCGAGCUUUAUGGGCUGUGAUUGGAUUAACAGUGAACCCUGGAGAAAGAGGAAAAACAAAUUGGGAAACGGGUUUAGCACCCCCACCUUUUUGUCAUCUUCUUUCAGGAUUUCCUGGCUGGCUGCCACCUUGAGUCUAUUGAAUGUUCUUUAGAUAAAUCAAUUAAAAAGGCUUUAAUAUUUGGGUGAUUGGAGCGGAGCAUAUGGGCUGUGGUGCUGGUGUCAUGCGGUGCUUGCCGUUAAUUGAAAUGAUUAAUAGAAGUGUUAUUUUCCUUAAGACUAAUUGACGAAAAUAAUGUAAUUGAAAGCGUGGUCGGCUUCUCCUAAAUGCUGUCGAAUCCUUCUGGAUAACCCAUGUCCAUCGACCAUUUCCUGAAACUAGCAAAUAAUAGAAGUUUUAAAAAAAAUCACACAAUAAUUGUUGUUCUGUUUAACAAUAAACGUAAAAGAGUGGGUUUUUUGUAUUUCUGUUUCAACGAAUAAUUCCUAAAUUGACGUGCAUCAUGCAUUUAGUGACUUUUAAUUAAUGAAAUUAAACAGUUAUGUGGCUUGCUUGCAUCGUGCAACGGAGACUGAGUUUUCUGUGGCAAGCUAAGUCUUAACAUUCCUGUUUCAGUAGUACAAGCCUUAGUGCUUAUGAAGCCACUGCUGUUGUGUCAUUUCCUAGCGCUGCAUUUCAGAAACUGUCCCCAGACAACAAUUCCGCCUUUGAAAUCUCAUGUCCUGGAAAAUCCGGACGUAUGGCAGCCCUACAUUUCCUGGCAGCUUAACAUGUAGGCCAGAGUAUUUCAGCUGGCCCUUAACCUCUCUGUCAUGCAUUACAUCAGCAUGGUCAGUCCAGUCUUUUUGAACUUACUGCCAGCUCCACAGUAUAUGUCUUGCCUUGAUUCAACAUUCCAUUGUUUGCAGUUUGAACACUUACAUGCUUCAUUUACUCCUAGUGUAACAGCACAAGAUAUCAGCCAAAAUCUGCAAGCAUUUCUGCAUGGCUACUGCAGAGUUUUUAAUUGCUCCUUCUCAGAAGCAGCUGCUUUUUCCACCCUCCCACAACUUUUGCUGCAUAAGCAAAUUUCAAAAACAGUUUUUGAUUGGCACAUUCUGUUCCUGUUCUAUGGUUUGUGUAUGCAAUAUUCUACCACUGUUGAAAGUUUAGGAAUGGGGUGCUAAUGCCAGAUUUUUUCCCAGUCUGGCAACAAAAAAAACCCUGAUUUCUUUGUGCUGAUAAAUAAUACUAUUCAGCUUGUCAUUUUUCCUGGUGGGGAGAUCAAGGCAAGAGACAGAGUAGUGAGGCAUCUUUCUCGGCUUAUAUGCUAGUGGCCAGGCUUUGCAACUUCUCCUUGAAAUAUCCUAACCCUUUUUAUAAGUGAUGGUGUCCUUAUAUACAUAUGUGCAGAGGAGGAGCAAACAUGUGAUGUAUCUGCUUUCCUCCUCUGCCGUAAUCUAGAUCAUGUUGUGCAUGAUAGAGAUCUCUGAGGAGCUGUCGUCCAAAACACCUGGUGUGCGCUUCUGUAUGCUAUGAUGUAAGUGCAGAAGCCCAGAAACAAUCCAGUGCAUGGUUAAUACAGCAAAUAAAAUAUAUGAGGAAAGAGUUUUCUUCCUCAAGGCUUUACCUUCAGAACUUGGGAAACUUUUGUAAGCUUGGCUCAGCUGAGGAGCAGGCAUGCCCUUUCAGGCACCACAAAAUCAGCCAAUGUAAUCCUUUGUUACGAAACCCAGGCAAUUGUGUGGUUUACAUGAUAGUGUCGGUUUUAAAGACUUCCCACACAUUUCCAGUCUUUUUUUAAUUUUUGGUUUAAAGAAGCUUUUGUAUCAUCAAAGGCUAUAACCUCAUUGAAUAAUGUAGCCUACUUGAAUGACUGAAUUGGACUGUGGAAGGGAAGUCUUCAGGUUAGUGGCCGUUCUAUGCAACUAAUUCUAGCUCCAGACUUACUUGCUACCAAUUGCCUGACUUGUGGGAAGGUGCAAGCAAGAAUAUUAUGGUGCACUGUACUUUUCAUAUAGAAAAUUUUUUUUUGGGGGGGGAAUUGAAUUCAUAACAACAUUAUUUCAGAAUAUUCAGCAUGCACUAAUAUACAACUGCACACUAUAAAAUGUUUGCCAUAAAAUUUAUUUUUAAUAAUUUAUUUUAUUUUAAUCAGGUUUGAGGGUUGGAGGAUAUUGUGUCUGUGUGGCGUUGGUAUAGACCAGGGGUCAGCAAACUUUUUCAGCAGGGGGCUAGUUCACUGUCCCUCAGACCUUGUUGGGGGUCGGACUAUUUUUUGGGGGGGGAAUGAACGAAUUCCUAUGCCCACAAAUAACCCAGAGAUGCAUUUUAAAUAAAAGGACACAUACUACUCAUGUAAAAACAGGCUGAUUCCCAGACCACCCAUGGGCUGGAUUUAGAAGGCUAUUGGGCCGGCGCCGGCCCCCGGGCCUUAGUUUGCCUACCCAUGGUAUAGACGUGUUACUGAGGAACUGCUCUGAGUUAAGUUAGUCGGACUUACCCUACAGAUUAAUUUAUUUUAUUUCUGUAUAUAAUCAUUCUGUCUUAUGAAGCAGUCAACAGUAUAGAUAUAAGCAGCGGCGUAGCUAGCCAUUCAGGCACCCAGGGUGGCUCGUUGACAUUGUGCUGGAGAGAGCCAUCCAUGGGGGUGAGGCAAGCUGCCCACUGGGCAGGGCAAGCCGGGGCAGGGCUCACUGUGUGGAACCUGUAGGGUGGCUGAAGGGGAGGUGGUGGGCAGAAGCAAGCCCCACGCUGCCGUUUCGGGCAGUGCAGAGCCUUCAGGCACCCAAGCCACUGUGUCACUUCAAGGUAAGACAUGGCUCGGGUGUGUUGCAGGCCCCACAGUAAGUGCCGCCCCCCAUGGUGUGGCAUCCAGUGCUCCCUGCCCCUCCCGCCCCCUAGCUACGCCUCUGAUAUAUGGACAUAUGUCAGCUCAUUGUUUACUUUAAAGCCUUCAUACUGGAUGGAGAGGCAGGGUUGAAAUAGAAAAAUAACAGUUAAAUUCUUUGGACGUGACAUGGCUUUGCCCUAAACAUUCUUAUAGCAGCACUCCAGCUCUUCAGGGGAAAGUGCCUUACCUUCUUUGUCCUCACUCCAAAGUUGUUUGAGUAAAGUGGAAAGCUGCAGGCUCAUCACUGCAAUCCAAACACCUCACCUUACCUGAGGUGGCUGGUCUGACGAGGCCAGUAUCUUUUUUAAGCAGGAUGGGGAACCUGUGGCCCUGCAGACACAAGUGCCAACUUAAAUAUAAUAUUGGAGGGCCCAGGUAAGCCCUGCCCCACACAAUCAUAAGAUGCAGCACGCACCCACACCAUUUUAUUGGCAAUGCCCAUCAAGUUUGGGGAGGAAGCUAAAAUAUUGUAUGGGGGGGUGAAGGGACCUCCGCUCCUCGGAGUUGGCUCCUGUGCCUGCAAAUGUUGCUAGACUACAACUCCCAUCAUCCCUGACCAUUGGCCAUGCUCACUGGGACUGACUGGAGUCUAGCGACAUCUGGAGAGCCACAUGUUCCCCACUGCUGUUUCCCACUUAAGGAAAUUUAGUCUUCCUUGCACAUUCCCCUUUUUCUCCCAACAAGUGAUCAGAAAACAGUGCAUAUGGUUUGCAUAUGAGCAAUGUAUUAUUUAUUUCUGCUAAUAUAAAUAUCACCUAACGACAAGAGGAAACUGUUGCAGAUUGUAGAUAUACAACACCAGCACCUGUUAACGCGAAUCUCUGAACAUUUUAGGAGAAAUGGGGUUGCUGUGAUCAGAUGAAUGUUAUAUAUGUGCAAGUACACACACAGCUUUCAGUUGUUGCAGUAGUCCUCUGGAUUGGGGUCUUUACGUUUUAGGUGAACUGUACUGCAGAAACAGAAAGUUGCCACAAACAGCUGAUAGUUUACUGACAUUUCUAUCAGUAAGCUAAAUCCAUUGAUACUUGGUUUUUGGUUUUGAAACAAUUCCCAUUAGUCCUGAAUCCAAUCCAGAAGUCAGGGAUCAAAGCAAAGCCCAUAUUUUAUUCAAUCAAUGUACAUCUCAGGUAACUUGAAAAAUGUCUUUAUUACAUAGGAAAGGCACCGAGUCUGUGUAGGAACACAGUAUAUUUAUUAAGGAUACUGUUUCAUGAUUUUUGUACUUGAGUGUCUUUUAACAUUGAUAAAUAAAUGAAAGAUUUUAAAAAAUCACUCAAGUCUGUAUUUUAAUGUCAUAUUAUUAUAUAAUGGAAAAUUAAAUCAGACAAAGUUUGUGCUGGUACCUUCCUUAAUUUAUUUGUCAAAUGCAUAGUCUGCCUUUCAAAAAUAAAACACUUCCCAAGGUGGUUUACAGGAGUAUAUCAAAAUGCAAACAAUAAAAUGCAAUAAAUACAAUUUAAAGCAUUUUGAUCAUCUCAACACAUUAUUUAUUUUGCAUUAUUAAAUUAUCUGAUGUUAUUAAACUAUAGCAACUUUUCAGUAAAAUUCAGUAAAAUAUAACAUAUUGAAGCCACUAGAAUGAGAUCACGCUAGCCAGUCUCCAACCAAACUGCAAAUAAUUGCAAUAAGCUGUGGCAGAAAAGGUGGGUUUUUAAAGCCCCUGUGAAAGUAUCUGUUUAAAUAUUUUUGAUUAUUUCCCAAAGGUCUUGGUAAUCAGAAUUAUCAGACCACCAGCCUAAGCAGAGUUUAUUUUGUUAAUUGCUCUUGUUAAGCCUAAUUACUGAAUGGGGUGGAGUAGAAGGAAAGGGGUGGAGGGAAAUCUUCUCACAGGAGGAAAUUCUAAAAUCCAAGGCUCGGCUCCAGACAGGGUUAGAGGAGUGUCUCAGUGUGAGAGGUAGAGAGCAUGUGUCCUGCGUGUUAAUGUGUGCAUGCGUGUGCGUGGUGUGUGAAUGAGUGAGUGAAUGAGUGAGUGACAGAAGACAAAUAUAUGGACUAAAACCCUGGGAUGCAUGAACGAAGAUUGGAAACCUGUCCUACAUGGCUGUUCAAAGGUACUGCUAAAGAAUAUACUGCAUUAGAUUAAUAUUUAUGUAUUAAAUGACUGUGGUUUUAAUUGUCUUACAGUAUACCUUUUGCUAUGUUUUUGUUGUUUUUUACUUUAGUUUUAAAGAAAACCUCUUGUGUAUGCACUCCAGUUAGCUUUGGCAACCUGCGUUGGUCUGUUUUCAUAACACUAUUUCAUAACGGAAAUUAUAUGCAACUGUUCAAAACGAAUGUCUUUGCAAAGAAAAGGGCCAGCAUUUUAAAAAAAGUUUUCUGUUUUGUUUGGGUACAGUCCUAGUUCAUAGCAUUUAUAGCACUGUAUUGCAUUCCUCUUUUUUGGUAUCCCUCCUAUAACAUCAGUUUACUUCAGUAAACAGAAGUGCAAAACAUAGAUGGAAGUUUUAGUAGGUGUUACCUCAUGUGUUUAUGACCUGAAGUUUUAUUGCUUUGAGAUUAAAAUGGUAGGAAUUUGCAUCUUGCCUUAUUUAACCACACUUUUUUUGUGUGUAUGCUACUAAAACCUUUCAGUGCUGUGCAUUAAACAACACUCCCGUUGUACACAAAAGAAAAAUGCUACUGUUCUGUGACAAAUGAGUGUUUGGGUGGCACGGGCAGUGAGUUACGUGAGUGAUUCUUCUUCUGGCUAGCUGGAGAUACUGAAUAAAUGUGUUUACUUUCUCCCUCCUCCCAUGGUAUUUAUACUAGUUAAUGUGUUGCGCCAGAUAAAUCUGUUUCCUGAGUCCAUCUUUCAGCUCUGUUCUUUUCCUUCCCGGUUGACAAAUGGUUUGAGUUUGACACAGUUUUAUCAGCUGGGCCCCUGCUGGGUACUGCUUGCUUUUGCUUUUAUCAUGGAAAGUAAAUUAUUUGCAAUAUUCUAACUAGCAGUUGGCAGGUCCAAUUUAGUAUGAACUGCCUGUUGUCUUUUCUUUGCAAAGCCCAGUUGUUAUCCUAAAUGGAAACAAAAGAUCCAGGACAUUUUCUAUUACAAGCUGUUCCUCCCCCCUCCCCCUUUUUUAUUAUUAUUCGAAAGCACUUCUUCAUUUGUUUAGUUAACUAAAGCUUCAUAUGUUGAAAUAUAGGCUGGGCUGUCAUUUCUAGUAACCUUAUCUAUAGUCUCCAUAAUUUCUUUGUUUAAAAGUACUGUUGUUUCUAGUACAGAAGUGUGGUGGUGGGGAGCUAGACUAGGAUGCAAGUGAAAUGGUAAACAUAAGUAGGUUUCUUAUUUUUAUUUUAUUAGUAAGCUUCUAUUAAAAUAGAGAGAGACUAGUGACUUAUUUUUAAAACAUUAUUUAAAACAAAUGGAGAUUAGUAAUCCGUCUGACUUGGACAACUGAAAGAAGCCAGCGAACGGCAUUACUGACAGCUUGACUGGGGGCAGCACAGUGGAACUCUCCACUCUCUGCACAUGAAAGUAUUCCUGGUAAAACUGUAAAUGAAAUGUUUUGAGAAGCCUGUGACAAUUAGGACUCCAGUCCAAAAAAUCCAACAACAAGCUGUCGCAAAACAUUAAGCCAUGCUGCAUGGGGAAAUAAAAUAAAAGUCUCUUCUGUCAGCUCUGCUAGCAUAAGAAGGUAGGGGAAGAGGCACUUAAGAAAUAAGAGGGUAGAAUGCUGCUAACUCGGAAAUAGGCAUUAGUUCCAAGAUUAUUCUCCAAAGUAUGUUCAGAUAUAAAUAAAUGCAUAGAAUUUUUUAAGACCAGUAGGCAUUCCUACAACCAUAUAUUUUUAUUCCUGUGCUGCCAAAUCCAGGCACCCUGAAAUUAUUAAGUGAGCUCUGCAAGGGAAUUAAUUAUGCUGUUUUGAAUCUAGUAGAUGCAGAUAUACAAAGUUUCCUCUGCUAUUAUGCACACUAACAAACAUAAAUAAUUACCUGUCUUGUGAGAACUAUAUGGAAAGCCUAGGAUUCAAUUUGCUGAAAGGCAGCACUCCUAGCUCCACUUACUGGGAGUAAACCCCAUUUAAAUUCAGCACGUCUUUCUUCUGAGUAGGUAUGGUUAGAACUGCAGUGUUUGUUAGCAUAACAGUAUUCUUAUGUAUAUAGCUUAUCGGAAGAAUAAUGCACUAAAAAAAACCUAUAUAGUCUAGCUGAACACACACAUACCAGUGAAUGGAUAGAAGUAAAAUCUCAAAGUGUGUGGGUGGUGUAUGAAAACACACACACACACACACACACACACACACACACACACAAGUGUAACGUGCAAGUUUGGCAGCCAGUAUUGGUCAGACAAUUUGGCUUGUCAUUGUGCAUGUGCUCCACUAGUCUUGAGCUUUUUUUAAAGUACAGUUUAGUCACAAUUUUGCCAAACAACUGGCUGCUGUUUGCAGAUUAGAAUAUUGUUUGGCGUUACAGAAAUAUUAUCCUGGUGCUGAGUUCUGAUGUUUUCUCUUUCCUCUCUGCUAACACUCCUCUGUGCUUUUGGAGGAGGCGGGAAGGGGUGGAGAGAGGUCCAGAUGGGAAGAAAACAGGUCCUGAAAAGACCACAUAGGAACUAGGUCAGGUACUCUGGAGAUUAAAGAAGCAUGCUUCAUCCCUGUGUGCAGGAGGCAGGGACAAGCAGCACACAAUUACAAGGAAUUAGAACAGCAACAAGUAGUUCAGAUUUAUCAGCUUUAAUUGUCUAUUGUCAGGACAGAGCUGCUCUUGUAGAUCAGGCUGCUGCCAGUGCCUUAAUACCUCUAAUGGACUCUCCAUUGUGGGAUUAUCUCUUCUAGGGGACAGUGUCUUUCUUUAAAAGUUGUUGUUUUGGGAGAUGCAAAAGAAGUAAAAAUAAAAAACAAAAACAGGCCCAGCCUUUAGGUAGUCUCCAACACACACACACACACACACACACACACACACACACCACUUCCUUGACAUGUUGUCUUCUUAAGGAAGUCAGGAUGAAGACCCUUGUGAUGCCUUUCUGUCAGCAACCUGUAUUCUUUUGCUGGAACUGAGAAACACCUAUUUGAACAUUAACCUUCCUUAGGUCAACCUUACUCAAUGAGCCCCAGUGGGAAAACAAUAGCCUGUUGAUAAUCGAGCAGAUAAGCAGAGAUGCAUCAUUAUAAAGGGGGAGUGGGAGGGAAGGAGGGCUCUCAGUUCUCUUUGUUUUAAAAGCUUUCCUGGAUUUUGCAAAGCAAACAUUUACAACAUUUGGAAAGAAGGAUAAGGUGUCAGCUAUUUAAUGAGAACAGAUGAAUUUUUUGUUUUGAUACAUGCCAGUUUGACUGGAUUGAAAGGGUGCAACCACUAUUGUCAGAUAGGUAGGAAGUGAAAACCACCUCUCCAGAGAAUGAGGAAAAGGGAUAACUUUCUUAGAGUAAGAAAAUGUGAUCAAUGGUAAUGGAGUCCCUUUAGGAAUUAAGGCAAUUGGUUUCUAUAGAGUAUGUUUUGUUGUUUCAUUCUGCUUAAGGGUUGGUUUUUAGGAGUAAGUGAUGUUCAUAAGUGCAUUUCAGCUAGGACAUUGUAUAAUGUUAUUUCAAGAGACACUAAGACAUGCACUUACUUAAAAACAAAUAGCAAUUGCAAAACUCCUUAAGGUCACCACUUAUUACUCACCACUAAAUGUAAUGCAGCCACACCUCUUCAACCAUUGAUCACACUUUUAGUUCUAAGAAGUCUUUGUGCCUGUUCUCUUCCUUUGUUGCCAACCCUGUUUUAAAACAAAAUGUACAGUAUAAAUCAUCAGAACAUCUUCAAUUAAUUAAGUCAAUUCAAUGGAUAGAAAUGUGUCCUGAGUUCAAAUUACUGCUAAUGCAUGUACUUUGCAGGUGGCUUUGGAAAAGCUGCCAUAUAUUAACUUUGAUUCUCUAUCUGUAAAGGGGCGAGAAUAUUUGAUAGAAGAAGCUAUAAAGAAAUAUUAAGAAGUGUAUGUACAUUGAUAUGAUUAAUGACUGAUUAUAUAGUCAUUACAUUAGGAUCCCUAAUGCCACAUCUGCUUGUUCAUCCAGUAGGCAAGAUUGAGAAAGGAGAUACAAAACUUUACCUGUAUUUAUUCAGAGCUAACUGGUAAACCUAAGCAUUUUAUGUUAGAGUUAUCUUGUUUUUAGAAUCCCUUUAAGAAGGGAAUGAAUGUUAAACUAAGUGGAAUUUAGCUAGUACUGGGUAUUCCAGAACAAGUUACAAUGCUUUGCACAUUCAUUUAGACUCACAAUGAGGCAGAAGAAGGAUCGUAUAUAUUAUAAUAAAGCUAGCUCUCCCCCUGGAUUGCUACCUCUGGGACAUUUAGUAUCUUUCCAUGGGUGGAAAGAAAAUAGCCAGUAGCAUUGUCCCACAAAUGCUUGCACGCUGCAGGCAACAUCUAUUGUUGCAUAAGUGGACUUGCCCUCUUACUCUUCCCCCUCACACCCCAAACCAGCUCCAGAGGGCCCCACAACCCCGGUGGACAUCCUGCAUGAUUUGAUUUUUCUCAUGCAACCCUUUACCACAAGGUGUAAAAAAGCAAUUCAGUGACAUCUUCCACAUCCAGAUGGCAGCCUCUGACUUCAACAUAUGGCAAGGAAUAAGAUAAAUAACGUAGCACCAUGCACAUUUUUUUCUUUCAAAAAUGAGGUGGGUGUUGACACUGUAUAAUACUAAUAACAAACCUUAGGUAAAUUUGGAAUGCACUCUUAUUCUUCAUCUAAAAAGCUGCUUUCUCAAGAAAGCAUCUUGGAAUACUAUUGCUCUCAAACUGGCAUUUGAAGUGUGCAGAACAUUUGUUGUUGCCAAAUUUGGUGGGGCCUGAAGUGACCAGAUUAAUUUUCCUCAUGCAAGGAAACGAACCAUGUACACCACCUUAUAGUCCUUGGAAGAAAAAACGGGAUAUAAAUGCAGUAAUAAAUUGGAGGAGAGUACAUUAGGAUUUGUUUUUUAAGCAUGUCACAUUGUAAAAGGCAUGCAUCAGUGCCUUUAUGCUCAUUUUUAGGAUCAUGAUCUGGUUGCCUCCCAAAUGUUUACAGCCAUAACAAUGCCAAUAUGGAGGAGGAGGAAAAUGAAGGGAUUUGUUGCUUCUGUUGAUGUGGUCAUUCUGUCCCUGACCUUCUUUGUGUAAGAAAGGGGAGGAUGUGAAAAUAGCUGUGUUUUAAUCUUUGGGGCACUUUAAGGCCCCUAAAGAAAGUUUCUCCAGCCAUUUUCCAGGUGCAUUGCACUCUUGGUCCUGCUACCCCCCCCCCCCUUUUAAAUGAUGUAUAUGCAUAGGCAUAAAGAAAAUGUUGAAGAAAACAGCAGCUGCAGCUGAAGCUUGAGUAGCAUCAGUUUACUGUGGAGCUAGAGUGGCUGAUACCAUCAAAGGAAGUGGGGUGGGGGUGAAGAGAAAGAGUUUCUGACAUCAGCGCCUGUUGGAGCCAUUCAUGAUUUGCUGCUGGACUGCAAGCUAUUGCACACAUACAGAGAGAGAGAGAGAGACCUGUCUCAGAAAUGCUGACUAAUAAGGUAGUUGAGGUUUUCUGUGAGCAAAGAGGGGAAAAUGAAAAUGAUUAAAAAGUCCUUUUUCUGAAAUGAACAACACUGAGACUGCAAUUUCUAGAUGACAGCACCUACUGCUAUGAGAGAAUCCUAUGCAAAAACAAAAAAACUGCCAGUCAAGUCACUCACACCUUGAUAAAUAUAGGUACAAGCACACAUUUGUGCGUGCACACAAGUCAUGAAAUCAUUGGCUGUGUGCAUAUAUAAGGGACAGAAGCUAUGCCCUAUUUGCCACCUUUAAUCUGAUAUGUUUGCUAUGUUAUGUGUUCAUCUUCACUUUGUUUUGCUGGAGAUACUGAUAUUCUGAUCCAAUACUUUUACUAAGAAAGACCUACAUAUGAAGCCUUGGGGGGGGGGAUGUCACUAAAAACUUCAAUCCCUUCUGAACAGUCAGUUAGUGUUAUGCAGUUCUUGCAACUCUCCAUGAUACAGUGGUACCUUGGGUUACAGACGCUGCGGGUUACAGACUCUGCUAACCAGGAAGUGGUUGCUCCAGGUUAAGAACUUUGCCCCAGGAUAAGAACGGAAAUUGCUCGCCAGUGGCGCAGCGGAAGCAAGAGGCCCCAUUAGCGAAAGCACGCCUCAGGUUAAGAACCAUUUAAGGUUAAGAACGGACCUCUGGAACGAAUUAAGUUCUUAACCUGAGGUACCACUGUACACUGAUGACAAUGUAAUCACAAGGCAAAAGGGGCAGGGGGAAGUGGUGUGUCUCAGUUUUCAUUGUGGCAUCACAUAUGAGCUCCACCUUUUAUAUAAAAUUUCCUCAAAUUUUUUAAACUAGCAUACAUGGUUUUCUCCCACCCGCAUUUUAACUGCUGUGGUAGGUUAGUCUAGCAUAUAUUGAAUGGCUGAACAGAGAUUGGAUCCUAAGUGUCCUUAGUCCUAGUGUAACGCAGGUAUGUGCACAGGAGCAGUAACUGCAACUGUGCUCUACAAUGGUAAUUAAUGCUGUGCCGGCAGCUCGCUUUUGUACUCUGCUGAAUAUCAUCAGUGCCUACACUAUCAAUGGUGGGCAAACAGAGUUUAGCCUUCCAACGCCCACCGUCAUUGUUUCAAUCAAAUGAAAAGCAAAAUAGCUAUUUCAUGAUAGGCAAGAAGAAUCACCAUUCUUUUUUAGUGAUAGGCAAGAAAAAGCCUGCAUUGAAAAGUUGUUUGUUAAUAAUUUUGUUUUUGUAAUUUCUGCUUUUUAUUUUUAAAUUACCAGGGACCUAGAAAGCUCUGAGACAUAUCCAUGUCAAAGUGAGACUUAUAUCUUGGUAUAGUGGGUGGGGUAGACAGCUUCAGUAUGACUACAUUGUUUUUCCACUCCAUGUGAAGUGACUCAGGCCACUUCAUGUUACAUGAGUUGCAUGUUCACUGCUUCUGUAGGACAAGUUCUGUUGCUUAUUAGCAGCAACGUUUAUAGGAAGCUGUCAUGUCAGUUGCCAUGAAUAUCUGAGGUUGCCCAUCACUGUAGGACAGUGACAUGGUGGGAAGAAACCAUGUCAGUCACAUGAUUUACAUGAUUUGUUCCCACAGAUAUUAUGGAAGCAAUAGACAGAAACUGAUCUCUGGCCACCCUGAAUGGGAUGGUCAUUUUAAUUUAUACUCCUGAUUUGGAGAGCUAGCCAUCUGUAACUUCCAGCCAUGUGAUAAAGCUGAGGUUAUAAAGAUCCCCCCCCAAAUCAAUGUAUUUCUGAGUAGCUACAGGAAUGUGUUGGUGUGUGGGUUACCAUAUUUCUAUAGGCCACAGACUUACUAUGUCAAUGCUGAGUAUGUUUUUAAGUAGCCUCUAUUGUUGUUAAUAGUCCUCUGAUUCUAUCUCAGCAUCAGUUAAUUACCCAAGUCAAGGUGGCCAGAUUUCUUUACUUUAAACAAAUGUUUCUUCCUACUGCAUAUCCAAUUACCUUUAUACCCAUCAGCGUGAUGCCCUUACCACCUUUCUUGUGGAAUUACGUACCAGUAACAGUUAAGCCAGGACACUUGUUUGGCGCUGUUGUCCUACUUAUGUCCAACGGUAUGAGUACUUCUCUAUUAGAAGAUGCCAAAGGUCUUUACACAGAUAUGUACUAUUCUCAGUACUGCGUCACCUAGAAUGACAUAUAAUCCCUUUCACCUUCUUCUGUAAGAACUUCAGGAGGGUGAUGGUAUGGUGUAUGCAUCAGACAGAAUGGACAUUUCUUCGAACAAUGCAGAUUUCCAUAUAGACAGGUAGUUGUGUUUUGCAUUUUUAUAGCAAGUCCAAACAAGUUUCUGCCCACGUAAGAGGAAAGGCAUGAUAAUAAUAAUAAAAAACAUGUCUGCUGAUGUGAUGUAAAAAGGAAAAGUAGGAGACUUGUCCUUUGGUGAACUGACUGGGUGAUGUUUGUAAUAUUGUGAGUGACAAUAAUUGGAACUCUGCAUCAUCAUAACUGUUGUGAGCUGAAGGAUUCCUCAAUGAAGGACAAGGACCACUGAAGGAAGUUAGGCAUCUGGUUUGUUUGGUAAUGAGAAAUAGGAAUGCAAGGUCUGUGCGCUUAAUAAUAAACAAACAGGACACUGUAUGCCAUCAUCACAGGAUGUCCUUCCUUCAAGGCAAUUCACUAACAGGGAGAGGAGGAAAAAGAAACAGCACAUGUUCCUCUUAAUUAUAUUCACACCAAUACUUCUUUGAUCAGCAGCAUGCUCUUUAAGUGAUUGUGUCUAAUGAAAGCAUCACUGAUGGAACUUUUCUUUCUGUUAGCAUAUGACCCAUUCUCUCUUAAAGCAAGGACAGGCUUAGUUUCCACUUUGAAAUGAUGCACUUUUAAAAUAGUGCACAGUUAAGGCUGAAAUCUUACAUUCACUUACCUUGGAGCAAGUCCUGUUGGACUCAGUGGGGCUUGCUUUUCAGCAGACAUGUGUAAGAUUACCUUGUAAAAUAUAAAACUACUCAGAAUUGUAAGAAAAUAUGCAACCUGGAGAAAAAUAUUAUUAUAAAUACUUUUUUUGGAAAUUGUAAGCAUGUUUGUUCGAAAAAUGCCCAGUUAAAAUAAACAGAUUUAAGCACUAGGUAAUAGUUUCUAGUGUUACACCACCAAAUGUUUGUCCUUUUGCAUGUGAGUUAAGCUGGAUGCCAGCAGAAUGUUAGCAGACAUACGUGUUAACAGGAAAAACUGUAUUGGUGUGAUCUGCUGAAAGGAAAAAUUCCUUCUGACUGGAUCAGAGUUUCAUUGGAUAUACCUGUGUGAGUUACAGGUAUAGCCCCACCCCCUGCUCUUGGCAGCCGUGACUGUGAGUAAAUCAGAUGAGUGGCUAAUAGGAAACCUGAAACAGGGAGGAGAAAGGAAGAGUCUGUUUGGUUAACACAGACUGAAAGUAUCGUAACAUUCAGCCCUCCAGUGUUUCAAAGAAGUUGAAGCAGUAAGUGCAGCAGCACCUGUCUGACAGUAAAGACAGAGCCAGAAGCAGAAGCAGAAGCAAAAGAAGCUAGCUCUAUUGGUAUUACUUGAACCCGGCCAGUGGAAGAAGUAAUGUUUACUCUGUAGAUAUGUGUGAGACUUACCUGAAACGUCGGGCUGCCAGCUGGAAUUAUUUGUGGACUGUACCUUGGUAAGAAAUUUUCUUCCUACUACUGUCUGGGAGACAGAUGAUUUUAGCACUCUUUUGAAUGGAGACGGCAAACCUGUUAAGGUUCUCCUUGGAGACUUUCUCUUUAAGUUCGAGAGACCUUUGUUUUUAUGAUGAUUAAUUCUUUCACUGUUAGUGGCAACUGCCGGUUCACUGAGUUUCAGUAUUAGUUCUCUUGUCAUAGCCUACAAAGUGGUAAAGGUAUUGUUCAGAUUGUACUAGGGUUUGAUCUCAUCAAGCCCACUGAAAGCACCGUAUGAAGAACUAUUAAAUCUGCUCAAUGCUGUGAGGAAGUGUGGAAUUAAGUUGAUAACUUUGUUCUUCCAAACACUUCAUCUUCUGAAAAACACUUCUUUGAGUUGGAAAUAUGACCCUGCUUUACUCAGAUACAAAUGAAAAUCUCUGGUAGGAUUAGCAGUACAAUGCUGGAGCCUAAAGCCUUUGUUUUGGAAAAUGCUGUAGUUUAAUCCAGUAACUUUAUACCUGGGGAAACAAAAUGAUAUGUUAACAUUAUCUCUUUAAUGGGUAAGUAAAACUUAAUUCUGUAAGUGUGUUCUUCAGAUAUUUAGUUUUUCCACAGAAUACUAUUACUCCGCUUCUUUUAAAAUAUGUUCUUUUCUGAAUGAGAGUAGAACACAAAUAGUAUGUGCUAACAAUUAUAGGAGCCCUAAAAAAUAUAUUUUCCCGAUAUUGUAGAUGGGAAACUGAAGCAGAGGGGAGGCUUGCCUGUGGAAAGAGAGUACAUGGCUGAGGUUUGAAACAGUGAGCCAAUGCCAUACAGCAUAUCUAAUGCAGUUCAAUCCCUGUAUUGAUGGUAGAUUUUGCACUUUGUAUUUAAUUCUGUUGGAAGGCACAGAAAACAAUACUACUGUAUUUUUGUCUCUUUCUGAUCCAAGUGGAUAUUUCUAGUUAUUUCAGACUGGCUGUUUUCAGACUGAUGUUGGUAGGAUACAGUCUCCCUCAGCUGUCUGUGUGUCAGAGGAUAAGAGGAUGUCAAUAGAGGGGAGGGGAGCGUUGUUUUUGAAAGUUGUUUGUGUGUUAGAAGCCGGUGGGAAAGUUCAGCCUUCCCCAUUUGGAAAAGGCAAGCCUGUGUUCCGCUCGUCCAACGUGCACUUUCCAUUUUUAGCCCAUUCAGACGCAGACAGCAGUUCCUUCCUUUUCCUUUCCUUGUUUAUGACACUUUUCCAAGGCAGCUUUUCCACAGGCUCUUUUGCACACAAAGCCUUGAAUCUGCAGAUUCAUCCCCCCACCCCUACUGUUCAGAUACUGAGGGAAGGUUCUAAAGAGGUGUGCACAGGUGCUGUUCUCAGACAUGCUUUUCCUAUUACUUUUUGUGACUUUGUUAUUUUUACCAGCCCCAGCUCUUGAAAGCAUUCCUUCAAAGAAGGCAGCUCAAUUUAUAGGGUAUAGGGUAUAUGGUGUCAGUCCUCAGCUAUCCCACUAAUGCCAUCUAUUUGCCAAUAGACAGCAUUUAGGUCACAAUGCUAGAGGUGCUGAGAAAGGAAUGGGAAGUAAAUUUUCUUUUCUUUUCCAGGCUGCCACACUGUGUAGCUCGUAUAUUGUGAAUCCCAGAGCAGCGAAGAAAAGGACCAGAGUUGAUAAUGAAAAUGGACAUGAAGGAUGCUGACAUGACUCUAUGGACAGAGGCUGAAUUUGAAGACAAGUGUACCUACAUUGUAAAUGAUCACCCCACGGAGCCCAGCACAGAAGGCUGCAAUGUAACCCAGGCUGAGUCUUCCUUGCCAAGGAACUUGAUUUUCAAAUAUGCAGGACAUGGCAAAGAGGUAAGAACAUGUUUGCAAAGGAUGAUUCAAACCUGGUAGCCAGAUCACAUUGUUCUUGGAAGUGCGUUUGUCUUCUUGAUUUCCACAUUCUUUAAUGUUUGGGUGCCACGGCUUUCCAAGGUUCACCCCUAGAAAUGCACCUGGAGAAAAUACCUUCUGCACAGGAAAGCACAAACAUCUCCAAACUGGCAUAAAUCAACUUAUGUCUGCGUUGCUAAAUAGACAAGAAUGUUACUUAAUUUAGGAAUGGAAAUUUCUAAAGAUUGUAUUGUAGAUUCGGGUUCUAAGCAUACCUAUCUGUAGGAGAGAACAAUAUUCUCUACUCCUGGAUCAGGUAGUGAAAUACUAUGGUUGCAUUGAAAUGGGUUGCUUUUCCUUGAAUUAUUAGACAAAGGUGUUUUUUUUAAUAGGCUUAUUGUAUCAGUUCUUUAUAGGGUUCCAAGAAGAAAGGAUGAUGUUAAGGCCAGGUCAUUAAAUAAGUAGCCUGUAUUUAUGUGACUUGUUUAUCUAGGGCAGUGCACCUUUAUUUGUAGCUGGACGCACAGGUAUAUUUCAUUCCAUGUCUCUGGAGUGGGUACAUUCUUUGUUGUUGUUUCAGAAGGGCUGGAAAAAAUUAUCCCAGAUGAGCAAUUGCUUGCCUGUUUAUUCCUUCAUAUAGAGUAGCUAUUAUAGCUAGGCGUGAAGUUCAGCUAGUUAAUAAUGGUAGGGACGGCCCAUCAUUUUUGUCCCUGUCCUGCAACUUGUGGUGGAACAGCUAUAACCUGUGCUGCUACUGUGGCUAAAUAAACUGACCACGGAGCUAAGGGAGGGUGUAAAUUCAUUCCUUUCUAGUUAUUAAAUGUAUCCUCCUACAACAAACAGCAUAGAAAGGCUUGCAUGUAGAAAGGGGACCAGAACUUCAACUGAUAUAAACUGGAUCCGGAUGUCACAGUUUUGGGGAAUGACCAGGAAACUUGUAAUAGGCUAGUUAUCUCUAUGGACUUGCAUUAUUUCACACUCCCAUAUAGCCCAAUUAAAUGAUUAGCUAUGAGAAACAGAAUUAGAAGCUUUAAAAUGUACCUAGUAUAUACCAUGCACAUGACUUAGGUGGGGAUACUGUGAAACUGUUGACAAAUGGCACUUAAUUGAUCAGCCUGAACAUCAGCUAAUAUGUAGGAAGCAGCUAACAUCAUUUUUCUGUGCUAGGGUGGCCUUGCUUGCUUGGUUUGAUCUUCUUUGCCACAUCACAAGCUGGCUGAAAAAACUUUUUUAAAAUUACUGGCUUUGUAUUGGCAAACAUGAAUAUGUGUAAAUAAUGGAUUGGAUCCAGAGUUAAGCACAGAGCUAGCUGACAUUCCUGCUUGCCGUUGCAACCCACCCCCCUGCCCCCAAACAUGCUUCACCAAGAGGUCUAAGCCUCUGCUGAGUGGGAUGGACUGUGGGAGAAGGGGGGUCCCCCAAAAUGAGGCAGAAGCACCUUCCACCUGUGGGAGUUCCACUUGUGGAAGGUACCAUGGCAUGAUUUGGGGGGGGGGAUCCCCCUUCCCCCGUAAUCCAUUCAGCAGAGGCUCCUAAUCCUCAGUAGAGCUUUUUGGGCUCUGGUGGUUUGCUGUAGGGAAUAGGAAGUCCAGCUCCCAUUUACUCUUUUAUAUACGCUGAACUCUGAGCAUACUGGGUUACAUCUGUCUUACUACACACAGGUCUGGAACUACUGCCGAGGCUGUUUUGAACAGUACUUUAAGUUCUUGAAAUGUUUGUGGUUGUUUCUCAUAAUUAACUACUUAUCUGGAUUCUUCUAAGGAAUCUGGAUAGCCAGUAUCCUCAUUUGAUUUCAUUAUAGUCUCCUUUGUCAAGUGAAAAGUUAGCAGAAGGAAAUACUUAUUCUUCCUUGAUUCCAUGCCCCUCACACUCCCUUUAGAAUUGAGAUAUCUGUAACUUUCUUCAUUAUGUGCUGCCACAGAUUUAACUAUGUUUGGGGCCUUUACCAUGUUCCUUUUCACAUUCUCAUAAUUGUCAUUUGAUCGGCAGGGUGGGGUGGGGGGGCUAAGAUCAAGAGAUGGUGAGUUGCCCAAUCUUGUGGCUAGCCCCAGAUCAAAAUCCAAUAAUCUGUUUACUGGUCUGGAUUUCAGCUGAUUCAUUAAUGGAAAACAAAAUAAGAGAUACCUGCUCUGCUUUCAAGAAUAAUGCCAAUAUAACUCAAUAAAUCUAAUACUUACUCCUCAUUUACAAAGAAAUGGUUGGAGAACAGCAUCUUUUAUACGGGCAUGGGCUAAACAAAGCUUUUGGUAGAUUUUGGUAGGCUCAAUUUGCACAAAUAAACAUUCUCUGUCAUAAUAUUUUUGAGAGAUUACUCAAAUAUCACCUCAUGUAAUUAUGUAAGUAAUGAGCUGAUUUAAUGGAGAAAAACAUGCUUAUGAAAUAUUAAUGCUGUCAUUAACAUCUGUAGUUAGAGUAAUGUUCCGAGAUACACCUGUGUUGUGUAUGUGCACAUGCAUGUGCUUGGAUUGUAUUUUUUUACUAACCUUUCCAUGACGGCUUGUCAAAUACUUGGAGAUUAUGUAGUGGUAUCAUUUUAAAGUGACUGACUUCAGUUCUUAUUUUUUGAGGCUUUGUUUAUCUAUAUAGGAACAUUCAUUGUAAGGUAUAUUCGGCUGUUUGAUCACAGCUAAAUAAUUUAAUUCAAGUGAAACUGGAUAAAUUGUUGGACAUAUGAUCUGUGUUGUAACUACUCCUAAAUCUUAUUUAUUUAUACUAUUUCUAUGAUCAACGAUAAAAUACUGAAAGCAGGCUAGGGGGCAGUGGGGGGGGAGCUAAUACACAUUAAAAAGCCUGGGUAAAUAGGUGUUUGCCUUGCCUGCAAAAUAAAACAGAGAUGGGACUAAGCAGGUCUUAUUUGGGAGAACAUUCUAAGCCAAGGCUGCUAUGACAGAGAAAGCUCUAUUGAGGGGUCAUCAUGAAGAACCUACAGAGUAGCUUCCAGUGAGGACGUUAAUACCUGGAUAGAAUCAUGUGGGAGAAAGCAGUCCUUUGAGUUAUAUUAGGUCCCACUAUUUAAGGCUUUAAAAGUCAAAGCCAGCACCUUGAAUUGGGUCCAGAAACCACUGCAGCUAUUUUAAGAGUAGUGAGAUGUGUUCCACACACAUUGCUCCAGUAUAUCCUAGCUGCCGUAUUUUGUACUAACUGCACUUUAUGAGCAGUCUUCAAAGGUUAGCCCACAUAAAACACACUUUAUUUAUUACAUGGCAUUUACAUCUUACCUUGGUGCACAUUGUUCUCCCACUCAUCAUUUAAUCCCCACAACAACCCCAUGAAUUAGGCUAGGCUGAGAAGCAGUGUUAGAUUUUUAUAAACAUAAAAUUUAUCAAGGUGGCUUGAAGAAAGUCAGUAUUUAAACCUUUAUAUAACAUAGUAUGCUGACCCAUGAGCUAGACAUCCAUCACUUACGUGCCUUCUUUAUGUAUAAAAGGAUAGCUGCUAAUGCUGUUGCUAUGUGUGUUUGUGAAAAGGAAACAAUAAGAAAACAUUUCCUCUCGCUCCACCCUUCUAAAAAGAAUAAAUUAUAGGAUGUAGGCCCUCUUUUCAGCUGCAUCAUUCUUUCAGUCACCGUAGCUGAAAAACAAAAGAACGAAAGUUUUCAUUGUUCAAAACAACAUGCUAAGUGAACAAGUCAUCAUGGUAAUACUGGGGAAGUGGAAGUUAAAUUAACAGGGAGUUAAAAUUAAAUCAUUCUUUCUCGACACCUGGCUGUCAAUCCAGUUCCUACUUGUUUGGUUAAGUAUUGUUUGAUUCGGUAUUAUAUUAGGGCCCACUGAAAUAGUAAUAGCAUGUGUGUUUAACUACAUACAUACUGCUCUUGAUGGCAGUUAUUUCUAAAGCUAUUUUUAAGAAAGAAAGAACUCUUCAGGAGACAUAUUCCCAUUUCUUUCACCUUAAAAAUUAAAAAAAAAAAAGAAUUGGAGAGAAAAUUAUGGGGUACCAUAUCUUGUCCAGAGGCUCCCAUCAUGUCAGGUUGUGCUCUAUGGCACAGGCUAGUGACAGAGACAAAUGUAGUGAAAUAGCUGAAAGGUCAGGGAUGCCCAUAAAGUAUCUUUGGAAGUGGCUUCUGUCAGGACAGAUGAAGAACGAGAGAACUGAAUCUUUUCAACUGCACACUGAAGUGUUUAUAGAAGGCAUACAGUAGCUCCGGCAAUAAUUCAUUAGGACCCUGGUCAGUUCCAACAGUUGUUUUCUUCCUGAGUUCAGAAAAUGUGUCAUCUUUUUAAAGGGCCUUUUAAACACCACUUGAGUAAAGAAGUAAUUCUGUAGCUUGUACACUUGAAGCACUAGUAAAAGCAGAGUGGGGAUCUUUUUACAAACCAGUAUGAACUGGAAUAUUUGAGAUCCUGUUGCUUUCUGAUAGUAAAGAAACAGCUGCCUGUCUCUUCGUAGUUGGCUUUCAGCUGACUGUCACAGGAUGAUGUUAGUGUCGUUAUGCCACAUACCAUGUUAACGUGUCCCCCUGCCUAGUGAGUUUAACUCCACCUUUUAGUGCUAUGGAACUCUGGCUUUAUAUACUUCAGGUAUGUAAUUCCUAAGCACUGAGGGAAUAAUUGGGUAGUAUUUAAGUGUAAAAAUAUUUCAUUGGGAGAGGUAUGCAUGUUUCCAGGUGUUGAUGUCGUGGCUGUAUUUUUAGAGCAAGGAUAAGGAAACCUCUAAAUGUUGUUGGACUUCAAUUUCCAUCAGCCCUAGCCAAUAGUUAAGGAUGGUGGGACUUGUUGUCCAGUAGGAUCUGGAGGACGACUAAUUCUUCACCCUUGCUUUAGAGGGGGGGGAAAGAAAAUGUCCUUAACUGUUAUCAUUGUAGGCAAUGUUAAACUGUAACAAUGUAGUGAACUUUUAAAAAUAUGCCAUUAUGAUUGACAAGAGAAUCUGGAAGAAAACAGAUGCUAAAGAGGGGUUUUUAACAUUCAAAAGAGCACCUAUAUAGUUUUUACAGGGUCUGUCAUAUAUUUGAUGUUCUAAGUUUGUACAGUGUCAUUUAUAAAACAGGUGUGCCUAAUGACACCUUGUGGACAAGUGUGAAAUGUCAGUUUAUGCCUGGAGUAGCCAAUAAGGCCUAAUUAACUUCCAUUUCUGUCUUUUGGUUUGUAAUGGGAGUAUUUUUCUGGUGUUUGUGUACAAGCUAAGGCCUCUGUGAUGACUAAUAACAAUAAUAUGGUCAUGAAAUAGGCCAAUUCAUCAUGAUAUGAACUUUCUUGUGAACCCCAGCCAAAGUCUUUCCCCCAGUUUGGGCAGAAUCUUGGGUGUAUACAGAAGUACUGUAACAUUCAGAAUCUCCUGUUUUAGUACUUUAAGCUUUUCCCUGUUGUUAAAUCCCUAGAAACCACAAUUUAGAUAUAGCUGUUCUAAAAUGUAUUUGUUAAAACAUCUGCUUAAUUACUGGUUAAUGACCUAUGACAAUAUUCUGCAUAUUGUGAAAGAGGUACGUGCUGUUUACAGUAAAUAUUGAAGGAACAAGGUAUCACAGAAGCUAGUAAAAUAGGCCUUUGCAAACAAGACGUUUUUCAUGCAUCUUUCUGAUGCACACUUUCCCAGCCCUGGAUACAUUUGUAUUGCUCUUCCCUCUCAGAAAGCACAUCUGAUGGUAUUGCCUUGCCUUCUGGAAUGCCAUGCAACUGUAAAGGGCACCUGUUGGUUACUGCCCUUGAAGUGAAUUGCAAAAAGUGACACAGCUUUCUCUCUCUCUCUCUCGUUCUCCCUUUUCUUCUUCAAGCAAUAAUCUACCACCUGAGAAGUUUUUAUAGGAUGGGAUUUUUUAAAAGGAAAAAAUCUGGGAAGGUUGUGUAUUUCGUUUCUGUUUAGAGUUUGCACCCUUCAGGCAGUAUGGUCCAAAUUGGCAAGGGUUCUGAGCAAGAUGCAAACAUUCUACUCUGUCCUCAUUUCCCUUGCCACCAAUAGGCUUAACUCACCUAUUUGCUGCCCAUUCCCUCCUCCAUAUGCACACACUAUGGGAAUAGGAUAUCACACAGUCAUCUUUCCAAAGGGCAUAGUGCAAAGUAUAAAAUACUGUUGGGGCAUGCAUGCUUUGUAUGACUGUACAAAAAUCCCCAAACUGUUUCUAUUUGACAAGUUCCAAGUAAUACUGAUUCCUAGACGUUCUGAAAACCUCAGUAUGCUUUGAAUUAAACUUAAAAGAUAUCAGAGUGUGUAUGUGUGUGUAUUAACUGCAUUAAGAGCAAAGACCUAUCUUACGUUCAAACUGCAAGUACACGUCGUAUGCUGGCUGUGAACUUUUCUUGAAAGUUUAACAGAAUGUAAAUCAAGAAAGAUGGGGAAAGCAAGAAGAACAUCUGCCUUUUUCACCUCUCUAUGAAAAAUGCACGGGAAUGACAAAAAUAAACACAGUCAUUAGGCAUGUUUCUACUUGUUUUUGAAAGUCCCUGUUCAUUCUGUUUUCAGUGCAGAUGCACAACUGGUUUGACUUAAAAAAAAAAAAAGACUUUGAAAACAUACAUGAAACAAUAGCUACAAACUCUCCAGUCAGAGUCAUGGCAGGCAGAAUCCUACAUUUCAGUGUUUGUUCUUGUUCUGUUCUGUUAAGGGUAUUUCCACUCUGCCGACAUAAACUGCUUUAACAGAGAAUGCUAGCAGUUGUAGUUUUGCAGGAAGGGCAGGGACUUCUAUCAGAGAAGUCUCAGGCAUUGUGCAACUACAAUUCCCAUAAUUCUUUGAGAAGCCAUACCAGUAAAAUUAUGUUUCUGUAGUAGAGACAGGGCCUCAAGAGUUUAGCUGGUAGACUGUGGAGUAUUUAGUGGGGUGUGUGUGUCAGCACAAAGAAUUGGCAAAGCAGGCAGGCAGGCAACAGUAUGAUCAGUUGGAUAAUGCUAAUUAUAGACUCAAGCAGCUAGAUGUCCUUUAUCUGAAAACGUUUAGUAUAACAUAUCUGAAUACUUAAGAGAUGUGUUCGUUUCUGAAUAAGUUCUUCAAAGACCAGGUGGAGGAUAGUUACAGGCAUGGGAAGGAUGCAGAAAGUUAAACCUUUGCUGCCUGCCCAUGAAGCAAUAACCCUUUCCAUAAAUAAAAAUAAAAUAAAGCAAGAGAGUUGCCUCUGGUCUUCCAGUAUAAAAACAGUAGAUAGUUACUGUGGCCAAAAGCUAGUUAAUUUUGCAAAAUAGUGAAUAUAUUACAUUCACUAAUAAUUGCACACUGUAAUUUAAGUACAGUACUUAUAUUACAGUAGACUUGAGUAAAGGGAGAGGCCAUACUGGGAUGUUACGUUGUAGUUAAUAUGCCUAUUUUCAAGUUAAGUACAGUGGAUCCAUAAUGCAAUUUUGUCCUUUCAUUAUUUUGGCAGACAUAAUGAAACUGGUUAGUAAUGUGAGAAGAACAUGACUCAUUAGCUUUAACAUGAAUGUUUACUAAGUCUGUGGAACAAAUGUCUUAUAUUCAUCCCCCACUUUCCAUUCAAGCUGCAGACACCAGUAUUUUGAAGUCCUUAUUCAUGUUUCCUAGUUUACUGACUCUGUUGGUAUAUACAAUAUAGAGAGCAAAUUAAAAUUUAGCAGGCUUAGUGGAGGUGAAAAGAAUGAGAGGAAAGCCCCUUUACUUAAGCACUGUAUUGUAAAGGAGAUACUGACAGGCAUGCCUUUCUGAUAAAUAAUGACCUUAUUCCUGUUUUGGGAUGCAUGGUUUAAUUACUGGUAAGGAGGAAGCUGAAGUGCUAGUAUAUUUUACACUUCCCAUAGUGACUCUGUUUUUCCUUGAUCAUAUCCACAUCAAGAAAGAUAAAGAUCUACAUACAAAGGUGAUCAGUGACUAUACUAUUUAGAUUUAAGACACAUUUGGUGUAAGAUUUAUUUAUGCUCACUGGGUAGAGCACAUUUAUUUAUUUCAACAUUUAUAUACUGCCUUUCACUGUAAAACAACAAGGAGUUUACAAGAUAAAAGCAACAAAACAAACAGACAUUAAAACAGAAAUACCACUGAUAUUCUAAUAGAGCUGUUAUAAGAAAUCGCUUCUCGGAAACGACCUCACAAAUAGAUACAUCUUCAGGAACUGGUAGAAUACCACCAUUGCAGAUGCCCACCAUGUCUCUAAGGAGAGGUUAUUCCACAGCAUGGGGGCCACUGCAGAGAAACCCUUUCUCAGGUCACCACCAGAUGCAUUUCCAAUGGGCACAGUGAAAUUGGAAGGGCAUCCUCCUACGAUCUCUGUGAACAGACUGAAAUGUGCAGAAGGAAGGAGGCACUCUGUCAGAGAUCCUGGUCCUGAACAUUUCAGGGCCUCACAAGUCAGUGACAAAACCUUACAUUUGGUUCAGUAGUGAAUUGGCAGCCAGUGCCUUUUAGCACAGAUGCAAUGUGUGCCUUGGGGGAAGCUCCACUAAGUAUCCUAGCUGCCGCAUUUUGCACUAGCUGCUGAUUCCAUACCAACUGUAAGGGCAGUUUCAUAUAGAGCACAUUGCAAUAAUUCAAUCCAGAGGCUACUAUUAGUGCAUGGGUGACUCUGUCCAGGAAAGAGCAUAGCUGAUACACAAGCCAAAAGUGGUAACCAGCACUCUGGACCAGCAAAGUCACCUGAGCCUCCAGUGACAAAGAUCAAGCAGCACCCCAAGCUAUAAAACAUCUACUUCAGGGAUGUGCAACUCUAGCCAGGCCCAGAUCCUGAAUCCAUGAACCACUCACCUGCAGAGCCUCCAUCUUGUUAGGAUUCGACUCCAGCUUUUAUUGGCCCUCAUCCCGCCCACCAACGCAUCCAAUAACUGGUUCAGGACCUGCACUGUGACACCUGACUCAAAUUAACAGAGAAACAGGGCUGGGUGUCAUCAGAAUUCCAGGAUUAUAAACAUAAAUAUGUAACUAGCAAGGUAGAUUUCAAAUGUCAUGUCUGCAGGCUUUAUUGGUCUCUAUUUCUCCAUAGAAAUUUCAUUUUUUAAUGGGUAUUAUAGCAUGUGAUAAUUGCAUCUCAAUGUCACAUUCAAGUUCUGAGUUCAUUUCUUCCAUGCAAAAAUCAGGUAGUUAGACCAUUGGUCACUAGUGUUUCUCAGCUUUCUCUCUCUCUAAUCUCCUAAGGCCACUUUUAUAGUUCAUUCACCUAUAAGAUCUUUGAGAGUGAGCCAGUGCUCAUGUCAUACUGUCAGGUGAUCACAGAAACAGAUAAACAAAUUCUACUCAGCUUUGCAAUGCUUUUUGGUAUGUGUUAUUUCCAAAAGAUUAUAGCUUUGCAACAUCACUAAGUGCUGAAAUAAAUGCCACUCUAGAGACAAAGGAGGGUCGGGGAUCCCUUGCCUUUACAUUGACUGCUUCCCUGUAAUAACAAUGUAGGGCACUUUUGUAUCAAACUGUUUUUCCUGUGUGAACGCAUAAACUUAUUUAAAUGGUUUGACAUGUGCUCUUUUCCUUUCAGGUUAUUGGAGUUAUUAGCAAAGACAUUAUCCCUAAAGGAACACGCUUUGGACCCCUGGUUGGUGAAAUCUAUACCAAUGCCACAGUUCCUAAGGAUGCAAACAGAAAAUACUUUUGGCGGGUAAGUAGGAAAAACUAAUGGUUAUGCGUAAAUAGUUCAUUAAAUAAGCACCACUGAAAAGAAACCACACUUCAGUGUUGACACCUGCUUAAGUUGUGAUGGUUGAGGUGGCAAUAUGUUAACAGAAAUACAGGUGAACUGAGUGAACAUACACUGAGUGAAAUACAACUGAGUGAACUGAGAAUGAUAGAAAGCAUCUUUUUUAGUUGUCCUACAAUACAUCAUUGUUAGAUCAGAUUUUUUUAAAGCCUGCUGAUUCACAAUCCUAUACAGUGGCAGUUUUUUUUUUUAAUUAUCUAUCCCUUAAUUUCACUAUGAACCUUACCCUAGGAUGCUUCUCAGACUAAUUAGUAAUAUUUCUCAAUCUUGUACUCUGUGAUGAAUUACUUUUUGAAAUACUGAACUAUUGUAAUAAGCUAUUUGUUUUCCAUUGCACAAGUUAGUAGGGCAACUUCCUAAAAUGCUGCCAAGCCUGUUGUCUCAAGAUGCCCUUAUUUAAUAGUUGUGAUAAAGGGAAAUAGCACCUCCUGGCUGGAGUACUGGGCUUGGACACUCACUGACCAGAUAGUUUUGAGCAAGGCCCUGUCUCUUAAUCCAGGGUGCCCUUCAGAUAUUGUUGGACUCCCAUCUUCCAAGAGCUGCAGCCAGCAUGACCAAUGAUGGGAGCUGUAGUCCAACAAUAUCUGGAGACAUAAUGUAGGCUACACCUGUCUUCAUCUAACUUACCUCACAGGAUUGUUGUAAGGUUAAAAAUUCAGAAGUUGUUGGACUACAACUCCCACCAUCCAUGACCACUGGCUAUGCCAGGACUGAUGGGAGUUUGAACGGAAACACAUCCAGAAAUCCAGACAUUCCCCAUCCCUGGGCUAUAAUAUCAGAUAUGUGCCUCUGUAAUGCCUUAGGCAAGAUGUCACUUCUUAGCGCAAUAAAUAUUAUAAAAAGAAUUUAGCUUUUAAAAAACAACAACAACACACAUCAUUCUUUUUUUUAAAGGCUGCAGGAAGAAAAUUACCGAAGACACGAGUGUCUAAUGUCAAAGCUGUCAGGUUUCUUCCAUGCUAGAGGCUUACUAAAGUAUACCAACUUCAAUCCACUUUACCCAACCCAAUCCUUCAACAAAAGGGCUGCAUUCCAAGUACAAAUAAGUUUUAAUUUAGGAUUCAGGGUGGGGGAUAGUUGCAUAGCUUAAACCUUUGCGUGGCGGCAGCAGGAAACUGUCCUGCUGCGUCUGAGUGUUUGCCACGUAUCAGAUCAUUCCAACAUCACAUGUCAUUCUGAAAGCUGGCUGUUUAAACACUGUUUCCAUGUUUUCCUUUGUUACAUCUUAAUGAUUCAAUAGAAACAAGUGUGACUUGAUUCUCUGUUCUCCUUAACUAUUUGUAUUUUUUCAAUAAAAUACACUUUAAGGAAUCUCCUGCACUGGGAGAUGCCAGUUGGCAUCUGUCAUCAAGUCCUUUCAGUGCUCACAUCAGGAGAACUAAAGAAGGGUGCAGAGCUGGCCCUACCAUUAGACAGAGUAAGACAGCUGCCUUAGGCAGCAAUUGCUAAGUGGCAGAGAGCAGUGGUGAGGUGUUGAAGGGUAGACUUUUGUAUGCCAUGCGUCAGUACAUGGAAUGGAGUAGGGUGCCAUUUUUUCCUUCAUCUCAGGCAGGAAAAUAUCUUGGCCUCACCCUAGAAGCAUGCAUGCUUUCAGACUAGUCAUUAGCACAUUUAAGUAAUUAAACAAAUCUGACAAGAGGAUUCUGACUAUGUAACAGGAUGUUAUUCCAGACUUUCAUUGAGGAAGCUAACAUCAUGCUUGUGUUAUGUGCCUUCUGAAAAGUCUUGGUAUUUACUUUUGUUUAUUCUUUUGCUUCACACACUCUCCAAGUAGAAAAGGUUCUUUCCUAAGGGCCUGAAAACAGUCUUGCACAUGCAAAGGAAAUUGUGGAAGAUAAUUUCCCACAUGUCAUAUAAAAGACAUCCUGAUUUGGCUGGCAGGAACAGGAACAUCUGUUGUAUGUAAGCAUAAAUGUUCCAUUCAAAAUAUACCCUCUAAAAAGAGAAGGCAUGAAUAUGCUGUGCAAACUCCAGGGUGAUGUCAUUUCUUGUAAUUGCUACAGUAUGACUCAGCACAUUUUUAAUCUUCCACACGAUACACGGAAAUCUGGUGAGGUGGCAAAAUAAAGUUUUAUGAGGCCAUUCGAUCUUACUGCAGUGAGAUAUGUGUUUUGAAGAAAGCAAUACAGUAAAUUCUACUAGCUCUGGGAAGAUGACUGGAAGUCACUUGGUCUAACUUCGGAAAGUAGUUUCUAUCUGUAAUAGAAGUGUACAUCAAUGGAACUCAGUUCCUGGAAGCUUGCAAAUCGGAGCUAACAAACUCCUCUUGAGUGCAUAAUUCUUCAGGCUUUGUUCCAUCUUUCUCAUAACAAAAACACCGCAAAAUCUCUCAAGCUUCUUUGAUGAAGCCACAUGUAUUUCCUCAGCCUCAAAUGACAGGAAGUAAGAAAGUGAUUCUGGUGUUUACUGCCUGUGUUAAAAGGCCAGCUUUUGUUGCUGCUUUUUUUUUAAUGACUUCUCAGUCGAUUCUUACAUCAAACAGCAUUCAGAAGAAAUUGAACGUGCAUGUCAAAAAGCACAGGGAAAUGGUGCAACAUUGCAUUCGGACAUGGGAAAGCCAAACUGAAAUUCUAUCCCAGCCAUUACGCUAAUCUAUGGCACUAACUUCAUGGGGAUUUUAUUUUUAAGUAAAACGAAACAGGGAUGCAUAUUGUCACUGGCCCAGAGCCCUUUGGAACAAGGCAGGAAAGAGGGGAAAAACAAAUAUUUCCUAUUUGAACAUGAUGACUUGUGAAACUUUUUUUAAAGAAACCUCACAACCUUAUAGUUACCAGUUAACUAUAGUUAACUGUGCCAUAGUUUCAGUGGUAAACUGAAAGCAAGGCUACACUACAGUCUACAGGUACAGCUUUGUCAGGAGUUUUCUAUAUUUACUUUCAUAUUCUCAGAUGCACACUGGAAAACAAGGAUAUAUUGAAUCAGUACAUUAUUUGUUCUUCCGUCACAUGCUGUAGAGUUAUAUUUUCUCAAACAUACCAGCUGAGAGAGAAAAGUAUUUCUCUUACUGUCACAAUCUGGCCCCCUUCCAGAUCUCCAGUUAGUUAUACAAAAUACAGUUCACUUUACCCCACCAGUCCUUUAACAAAAGGGCUACAUUCCAAGUAUGCUCAAGUGUCAUUUUAGGAGUUUGGGGUGGUUGAUAUUUGCGUAGCUUAAAGCUUUGGGUGGUGGUGGUAGGAAACAGCAAGUAAAGAGGCCAUAAGGGGGGGCGGGAAGACAAGGGCAAGGAAUUGGUUGUGACAUAACCAUGCUAAUCAGUCUUUACAAAAGUGACUCACCACAUUAUUGCAAGCACGCAGUCAGACCUUAAGUCAAUAAUACCACCCACUUGUUGACCAGCAGUCCAAGAGUCUUAAAGCAGAGGCACUGAAUACUGAACUUUUAAGUAGUAUGCUUUCAUUUGAAUGCUAAGCAUCAAAAUACACAUGGCAUCAGAAAAAAGUUACAAAGCAUAUUCCAUUUGGAUCAUCUCCUACAGUCUAUAAAGGGUACUUACCAUCCACUAGUAUAUUUCAUUGCCUUUUUUUAAAAAAGGGUUCUUUUCCAUUUAUACCUUACAUUUCUAUCUUCCAUUCUCUGCAGAUAUAUUCUGGUGGUGAACUUCUCCACUUCAUUGAUGGAUUUAAUGAGGAAAAGAGCAAUUGGAUGCGUUAUGUAAACCCAGCACAUUCUGUUCAGGAGCAGAACCUGGCUGCUUGUCAGAAUGGAAUGGAUGUCUACUUUUAUACUAUCAAACCCAUACCACCUGGCCAGGAAUUGCUUGUGUGGUAUUGCCGGGACUUUGCGGAAAGGUUACACUAUCCUUCCACUGGAGACCUGGUGAUGAAUAUAAGUAAGUAGAUUACAGCAGACUUGCAUGCAAAUAAUGUCUUUUGCCAAUGGGGUGUGUGUCUAAAAUAUGCAUUAUACCUACACACAAAAUUUAUCAUGAAGUUUGCUAUAAUUUAGGGCCUUGACACGAGAAGAUAGUAGCUUUCACCCCGCUGCAAAUUGAAGGCUGCAAAUUGGGGGCCUCUACCUGGAUCAUGACCACAGGGAUGACACCCUCCUGGUAACUAGAGUAGGUCACCCAGCACACUCAUGGUGGUUCUAGAUCAUGGCCAGACACUUCAGCAGAAUUUGUUGUGAACGUAAUUUGUUUCUAAAUGGGUCAUGAAUGAUGUAACGAUAAACAUCAUCUCCAUUCUUAGCUUGUCUGGAAAUUCUUUUACCUCAGAACUUCUAGGUUCUCAUUCAUCUCACAAAACAGAUGCCUUAUUUAGAACAAAAAUGUGAAUCAGCAUUAUUAAAAUCCUCUACUCAAAAUGUUCAGCAGCAUUUACUCAAGAAAUUACUCUGCACGCCCACAGCUAUUUUUCAAGGUCUCAGGGGAAAGAAUUAGAAUUAAAUCUCUCAGGCAACUAUUAGGAGGGCCACAAAAGAAAGGUUCUUUAAACUAGAUCUGGACAGAAAACGAUUCACUGUACAUUUGUCCUUUAUGUUGUUUCACUGAGCACUAAGUGGCUAUACUGGUAAAAAUGCUCCUCAGAUUGGGUGUAACUUGUGAUGAAGAUAUGCUAACCUUACAGUUGAUCUGUAUGUAUUAAGACAAGGAACAGCAUUUUUUUGGGCAUAGAGUGAAAACUCGUAGAAACCAUGGCUUAAAUUUAGUUUAUGAAUGUGAAAUGGGGGAAGCAGGUGCUUUUUGUAGGCAAGGAUAUAGGCUUAAUAGGGAUUUUUGCACAAAUGACACUGAACAUAAAGCAUAUUGUGAAGGGACCACAAAAGACUCACUUCAGUACUUCACUGCAUGUAGCGUGAACAUACUGGACCAGUAUGUGAACCAGCAGAAACGUGCUCUGGUUCCUGUAACUUAUCUAGGAGUGUUGUGUUUCUCUCUGAUAUUUACCUUGGUGUAUGUGUGUGUAUACCACCACAAAUGACAAUUUUAACUUCUUGCCUUUCUGACAAGACUUUGCUAGAAGGCUGAUAGGAGCAUGGCAGACUGUCUGUCUAAUAGCUCCACAUCUAUCACUCCAUUCUUCUGCUAUGCAUGUACGCAUACACACAUCACUUUUCAUCUGUUCCUCUGAAUUUAUUUUCUAAGUUGCUGGCUUAAUGAAGAGCUAGCUGAUCAAAAGCAAAAAAAUAAUAAUAAAAUAGGAAGAUAACUCUCUCUCCCCCCCCCCAAUGCCUCUAGGAAAAUGUGGAACUAGCAAACUCUAGACCAAGUGUUGUGUAGUAGUUAGAGUAUUGGACUAGGGCAUGAGAGAUCAGGGGAGACCAAAUCCCCACGCAAUCUUGAAGUUCAUUGGGUGAACUUGGGCCAGUCACUUACUGGCCCACAGGGUUGUUGUGUGGAUUACUAGGUAUGAAGCCUAAUUCAAAAUGUUAGAUUUUGGACAAGAGUAAGACUCACAGUAACAAAUGAAUCACGAAGUUCAAUGCUAUCACUUUUGGGGUUAUAUAUCACACUACAUGUGUUAAUUAGUUUACCAGUGACAGUAUAUUUGUCAUUGGUAAAUUAAUCAUGACUGUUUCUUGAGAAUGGUAUUUUGGCUCACUACAAGUUUUAAUGCAGUUAGCAAUGUUGAAGCAAUUAUCACCAAUCUGCUACUGUAAAAGGUGUGCCUACUUAAUAUUUGUUUAAGCUCUGAUUAUCACUAAUUGUAAUUUUUGCAUCUUAUUACCAUUCAGUUCCCACCUUACAAUUUUCUCUUUUAUGUAUACCUGCCUAGUAAGAUUUCAUUUCCUGCAUCAGAGGAAGUGGGUAUGAGUCCACAGAAGUUCAUGCCACAAUAAAUUUACAAAAUUAUUAGCUAAAUCAACAAAGUCUUUAAGGAGCUACAAUAGUCUUUUUUUGCUUUUAGUAACACCUCUUGUGUGUCUCAUCCAUAGUUCUGUUAUUCAUGCAUGAUUGCAAGGCACUCAGUCACCUUUUAAAGUGACGAGUGUUGAAACUUGUUUGUUUUCAUUAGAAGCAGCCGAAGGAGCUGGAACAGCCAAAUCCUUUUGCCUUGGAAAGGUAUAUAGUAAGCUGCCUUGUUAUCUACAAAGUAUGCAUCAGGUGCUACUGUGUUUUCUGUAAUCAGUUUAAUCCAAUAAUAUACAAGAAAGGUGAGACUAGAACAAAUGUAGCAGAAAUGAACUGACUGGAUCAUGAUAAUCACCCAGGAUUUAAUAAGUAGCUACUGAGUUUAUUUCUGUUGAGUAUAAUGCUGUGCUAUUCCUUCCACCAAUGCAAAUACCUAGGAAUGACUAUUUAUAUGUGUGUUUUAAGGCAGAGGCUAAUGACCAAUGUCUGUAAAUUGUCUUUAUUGGCCUUAAAAAUUCAUUGCCUUGUUUUUAUAUUUCAGCACAAAGCCAUGUUAAUCCAAAGCAGCCAGCUAAUGACAAAGAUGAACUUUAUCUAAAAACUGUUCCCAGAAGAGAGCACAGUGUGAGGGAAAUCCUGAAAACUGAUUCCAGUAAUCCCAAAGGAAAGGAAUUAUUUUAUAGCCACAUUUAUCCACAUACUCAAGAAAAAGACUUGGAGGGCUUGAGAAAAAAUUGUAGUCCUGAAAAGCCUUUCUAUCCUCGUAUUGUCUACCCAAUCCGACCGCCCAUCCCUGAAGAUUACCUGAAGGCUUAUAGGAUUGAGAGGCCAAGUUACAUUGCCCACUCACCUAUCCAGUCUUCUACCACACCAAGCCCCUCAGCAAGAAGUAGUCCAGACCAAAGUUUGAAAAGCUCAAGCCCUCACAGCAGCCCAGUUACAGUCUCACCCCUAGCUUCUAUGACUCAAGAGCACAGAGAACCUUAUCCUUACUUGAAUGGACUCUAUAACUCAGAAGGAUUAGGGGCAUAUUCUGGGUAUGCACCUUCAAGCCAUCUCCCGCAAGCCUUUCCCUACCACAAAUUUUUGUUACCACCAUAUGGCAUGAGCAUCAACAAUUUCAACCUCUUUCCAAGGAUGUAUCCUUUCUACAGCAGCCUACUCAGUGGAGGAAGCAUCCCCAAUCAUAUGCUGAACUCCUCUCCAGGACUUCCAAGUUCCUUGCCAUCUGAUGGAAGCCGACAGCUGCUGCAACCUGACCAUCCAAGGGACUUCCUCAUCCCUGCACAUAACAGUGCCUUCUCUAUCACAGGGGCAGCUGCCAGUAUGAAAGACAAGCCAUGUAGCCCAACUAGUGGAUCGCCCACAGCGGGCACAGCAGCCACUUCAGAACACAUAAUGCAACCUAAACCUACCUCAGCAGUGUUGGCUGCCACCAGCAAUGAAGAAGCCAUGAAUCUUAUCAAGAACAAGCGAAACAUGACUGGUUACAAAACCCUCCCAUACCCACUGAAGAAACAGAAUGGGAAAAUAAAGUAUGAAUGCAAUGUCUGCUCCAAAACCUUUGGUCAGCUCUCUAAUUUGAAGGUAGGCCUUUGAAGGAAAAUAUCAUUUCUAGACCUCAUGGAUAAACAAACAAAACCCCAAACCAAUCUGGUUACUGUCUCUCUGGAAAGUCUUUCUUAAGCACCUGUUUCUUCUAGGCUUUAAUCACCUAUGUUGGUUUUAGUAUAGUAUCUUGAUAUUGUGGUAAUAACUUUUGAGGUUUAAUAAACCUUUGGGGUUUAAUUACCUUUUGACAUUUUCAAAGGAUAACUCCCUGCAACAAUUGAGCAAGUUGAUUUUAGCAUGUAGUGGACAUAAUCUUUUCAUUCUCAUUCCUUGUGGGGCUUUUGUUCUGAUAACUGCUAAGUGAGAGCAUCCAUGGAAUAGCCAGAUUUAAUUUGUGUUCUUCACUGGAUCAUCAAUAAGUGCAAAAUGGCCCUAGAAACUUGGAGAACAGUUCCACUGCUGCAUUUUUAAAAAACAUACUUUUUAGGGAGCCUUUUUUAAAGCCUAUCCAAGUUAACUGUAUAUUGUGCAACUUUGGGCAAAAGUAAUAAAAGCAACAGUGCCUGGUAUUUUAGAUACUCAAUAAGUAGAUUAGGAUAUUUAACACACUAUCUUGGAAGCUAUUACGAAAGUAUAAUAAAUGUUCUGUUUCUUAAAAGGUUCACCUUCGAGUACACAGCGGAGAAAGACCAUUCAAAUGUACUACUUGCAAUAAAGGAUUCACUCAGUUGGCUCACCUCCAAAAGCACUAUCUGGUACACACAGGAGAAAAGCCCCAUGAAUGUCAGGUAUGUCACAAUUAGUAUAUAAUGAGAUCAUGACUUGGGUGCAAAAUAACAUUGAGGCAGACUUGAGCACACAACUGGAACACACAACUGUUUGUUGCUGUCAGUUGUGGUUUUCUAAAUGGAGAUCAAUGAGAAAGUAAAAGACUGGAUGACACCUUUUCAGAAUUACUUAUGCAUUUUCAAAGAGCAAACUACCACCUUUCUUCUAAGGUUCUCAUUCUCUCCUCCCUGAUCAGGUCUGCCACAAGCGAUUCAGCAGCACAAGCAACCUGAAGACCCACCUGCGGCUACAUUCUGGAGAGAAGCCUUACCAGUGCAAGCUUUGCACUGCUAAAUUUACCCAGUUUGUGCACUUGAAACUGCACAAACGGCUCCACACCAGAGAGCGCCCGCACAAGUGUAUCCAUUGCCACAAGAGCUAUAUCCACCUUUGCAGCCUCAAGGUCCACCUGAAAGGCAACUGCCCUGUUGUCCCUGAACCCACCCUUUCGACAGAGGACCUCAACCGGAUCAAUGAAGAGAUUGAGAAAUUUGACAUUAGUGACAGUGCAGACAGGCUGGACGAUGUUGAGGACAACAUUGACAUGGCAUCUAUAGUAGAAAAAGAAAUACUUGCUGUGCUUAAACGAGAGAUGGAAGGAACUACUCUUAAAGCAUCGCUGCAGAGGAACCUGGGAAAUGGGCUGGUUUCCUCAGGAUGUAACCUUUAUGAAUCAUCAGAUAUGUCAGUUGUGAAGUUGCCUCAAGGUCAUCCACUACCUCGGGUACCUAUAAAGGUCAAGCAAGAAGCAGUUGAACCAAUGGACCCUUAAAUGCUGUGGGGUGUGCGUGUGCGAGAAAGAAGUGAGUGUGUGUACACAUGUGCAUACUUACAUGUGCAUUCGUAUGUAUGGCAAAGUGGUUUGUGUUGUUGUUUUUUAAUUUAUGACUUGGCAAGUCAGGGUGCCUGUAGCAAUUGCUUGUAUAUAGUGUCAAUGCUGCAAAGCAAUCUUGGCUUACAGUAGUUUAUCUUACUCCAUGUGAAAGAAGGAACUCCAAAGUUGUAUUCUCAGGGCAUGAAAAGAGGCAAGGACUGUGUAUUACCUCUGCUACUUCCAAAAAAGACAAUCUUUUAUCCAUAAUCAUUUUCCAGUAAUAAUUUAUUAUGCAAUUUACCAUUAACAAAGCAAUAGAUAGAAAAUAUUCACAAUGAUAGGAAGUUUCAUUAUAAGGUUGAAUAUAAGUGUUCAUAUAUAUAUUGUCUUGUGGCCAUUCUUUGUAUAAUUUCUUCCUGUGCAUCUGUUUAGCAAAUUAAAAACCAGCAACCUAAGAUUGAUGGGGAAGCAAAGGGGGGAAUGUUACAUUCCUGAUUUAGAAAUUAGGUUUUUGUUUUGCCAAAGGUAAAUACUAGAGUUUCCUCCAGUUAGAACAGUGCUGUAUAACUGAACAAAGUGGGUAGAAGUGUGAAAUUGCCCCAAAAUGUAUGCAGCAGCCAAGAGGAAAACAUCAUACUGGUAUAGGGAUAGAAAAGAGUGAUGCGGUGAUUUUCUGUCUACAGUACCUCAAUGUCUAAGAUGAAUAGGAAAGUAAAAUCAUCUGCCAGAAAUAAUGCAUCAAAUAGGUUUUCUAAACAAACAUGUUGCAUACCUUGACAUUGAGAGCAAUAGUAUUACAAAAUUAUUUUUCUUCUUCUCACAAACUGUUUGUAUACAUAUGCAAGGAAUAAUAUCCCAAAGAUGCUGUCUGAAAGGAGAGUAUUGCUGAGAUUUUUGCCAGUGAAGUACUAGGGGGGAAUCUGAUUCCUAGGCUCCCCGGGAAAGAUGUGCCAGAUCUCCCCCAACCCCAUUCCCUCUGUCUACUUUCCUUGGGUAGAAGUUGCUAACAAAGUCCUUUCUUGGCAUACUUUAUUGGUUCCCCACCCUUUCCCUAUAUGACUAAAGAUUUCGCUCAGUAUUUGUAUUAGUACGUUUUGUGGUUAAUUUAAUUAAAGAUAAAAAGGGCAUUGCAAAGUUGCUGAACAACAGUUACCUCAUUGAGUGUGUCCAGUGGUGCAGAAGAUGUUGUUUUAUCUAAUGCUUUGCUACUUUAGAGAACAAACCAAAAUGUGCAGAGGAGAAGAUAGAAGGCACAUUCUUUUCUUUUUUGUAAAUCUUUUUUGUUUUGCUAAGCCCAAAGAUACCAUGUCGGCAUACAAGGUGUAGCAAAGAAUACAUGUAUAUUUAUAGAUAUUUAUGCCAAUAUACCAUGUAUGUAUGUGUGUGCAUGCGUAUAUUUUAUACCACUUAAGUUUGUGAGACAAACCUUAUAAUGAAAUCUUACUUGCAUAGCUUGCUUCACCUUCCAAAGGUAUGACUUAACAGCCUCCAGCCCAUGCUACUGUGCUAAGGAAAUCAGUAAUUUAAUCCCGAGUCUUAAUCCUCCAAACCAUUACUCACAAACAAUUUGUCCACAUAUUAUAAAAUUCCCACAGAAUUCUGUGAAGAUUAUGUGACUGAGUCUUCUAUCCCUCUCAUAUUCUUGCGGAAGACACUUGUCUGUGGGGGGGGGGGGACACAUUAAGAAAUCGUUGCUGGGGGGAAAAACAAAAUCUCGCUCACCUAUGUAUGGUAUAAAUAUAAUACAGAAUGGUAAUUUGUUUUUAUUGUGCAGUCUGUUGACUGGAUCAAUAAAUAGAUUGAUUGAGAUAAUACAGAUUGGUAAAGGGUAGGAAGAGCUGUUUAAAAUGUUGAGUGAAGUCUGCCAUUGUUUGCUUUUUAAAAGGUGAUCGCGUGAUCACAUGUACGUAACGGAGGGGGGAAAUAACAGCGUUGUUACACCCUGUUCUACUGUGUGUAUAUACAUUCCUAUCUCAACAUAGUCUUAAAGAGUUUCAGAAAUGAUAUCAAUCUAAUGCCUUCUUAUUUAAGAUACCAAACAUAUCUCUGGUCUAAAAGUAGCUCAAGGAAAACUUUAAAUAUAGCUUUUUUGAAGGAAGGGCUACUGUUCAUUACAUUUCUGCUCCCGUAAAUUGUGAGGCAAACAUAUUUAAAUGUAGCAAUGUUUCAUAAAUGUAGGAUUUAACUGUAGGAUAAACCAAAGUACCACUACUAUGACUGGACACACUGUUGCUUUUAUUAAUUGCCUGUAGUGCUUUCCUGUAUUUGAUACAAAAUUUUACAAAGAUUUAUAUACAUCAGCUUUAAAAUUUGCUUCCUUUAUGUCCAAUCUUCUCCUCUCUGUUUAGGACCUUUACAUGUGAAUGUAGCAACAAUCAGUGUUGUUUUUUUUAAAGAACAGGCUCUGACCAAAGUUAACAGGCUUUUUACUUUGCUAGAACAAACUAUCUUAUGUUUACGUACUGGUUUACAUUGUUAUUUAUGUGCAAAAAUGUCAAAAUGUAAAUUAAAUAUAAAAUGUUCAUUGCUUU